AUGGAGGUUGCGGGGCAGGAGGAGAGCAGGUCAGAAGGCGAAGGGGGGCAGCAGGGCCGGGAAGGGGGGCGCUGAGGUAACCGGGGGUGGGGCUGGUUGGGGGGCGGGAGGGAGGCGAGGCAAUGGGGGGGGAGCUAAUUAACUGAAGAGGGGUGUGAGCGCUGAGGGAAAUGAAAUGACAUGCAGUGGGGGGGGGGGAGUCAGAGCUGAGGGGAGAUAUUUUGGGGGCGGGGAGUUAAUGGGGGGCGCUGUGGGUGGAGUGGGGUGUGCGUUGUUAUAGGGGGAGCUGAGGCAAUGGGGUGGCGGGAGGGGAGUUUGCUGAGGCAUUGCGGGCGGGGAGUGAGUUGUGGGGCCGGGAAAGAGCCGAUGAUGAUGGGGUGGGGGUGGGGCCAUUUGUGGGGAGAGGGGAGUUUGCUGGGGCGGGGAGGGCUGAGGGAAUGCGGGAGUUACAGGCUGGAGAGGGUGGCCAUGGAAAGUAGCCCGUUUUGGGAUGGGACCUUGGGUGACACUGGGGCAUGAGCUGUAAGCCUCAAGUGAUUAGGAGGUGAAAACGCGUAACGCCUCUAUGGACGUCUUGAAGAGGUUGUGUAUAGUCUGGGAUCUCCCUACCAGAUAUAGUGGUACCUCGGGUUAAGUACUUAAUUCGUUCCGGAGGUCCGUUCUUAGCCUGAAACUGUUCUUAACCUGAAGCACCACUUUAGCUAAUGGGGCCUCCCGCCACCGCUACACAAUUUCUCUUCUCAUCCUGAAGCAAAGUUCUUAACCCGAAGUACUAUAUCUGGGUUAGCGGAGUCUGUAACCUGAAGCAUAUGUAACCUGAGGUACCACUGUAUAAGAAUUACCUCAAGAGUAAAGGUGGAGAUGGUGUGAUCCAAGAGUCACAUCACCAAUGGUAUAAAGAUAAACUAAGCUAAAAAGGACAAUUUGUCCUUCCAAAUUCAAAAUGUAAACAGCUGACCAUGGCUACAAGCCGUAUCUCUUUAUCAUGCUAAUCUCCGAACACUUAUUUGGAAAAGGGCAAAGAAUUCGAUGACAUGUCUUGAUGUUACAUUGUAUUGAAGCAAUACUGUAUUACAGUACAGUGGUACCUUGGGUUACAUACGCUUCAGGUUACAGACUCCACUAACCCAGAAAUAGUACCUUGGGUUAAGAACUUUGCUUCAGGAUAAGAACAGAAAUCGUGCUCCGGCGGCACGGCAACAUCAGGAAGCCCCAUUAGCUAAAGUGGUGCUUCAGGUUAAGAACAGUUUCAGGUUAAGAAUGGACCUCUGGAAUGAAUUAAGUUCUUAACCCGAGGUACCACUGUAUAUUGUAUGGGGUGGUGGAGGAGGAGGAGGUGUGGGAGGAGGAGGAUGGAGAAGGGAGUUCGGUUGUGUCACUAGGAGGUGUGUGCCGGAGUCUCUUCAGCAGGGCUUUUAAUGUUUGAACAACGGAAAGGUUGUGUAGGACUGACCCAGAUUCACUUACUGAGGCGAGAAUUUCCUUGCAAGCUCACAAGUUUAAAGAAAAGGAAAAUGAAAGAGGGCGGGCGAGCAUUACAGAGAGGUGUAAAAUUAUGCAUGGUGUGAAGAAAGUGCGAAGAGAGGUUUUUCUCCUUUCGUAAUACUAGAACACUAGUAUGUCAAGGAGAUAAAGAACUAUACAACUUUUAGAAGACAUCUGAAGGCAGCCCUGUAUCAGGAAGCUUUUAAUGUUUGAUGCUUUAUAUAUUCUGUAAGUUGCCCAGAAUGGCUGCGGAAACCCAGCCAAAUGGGCAGGGUAUAAAUAAUAAAAUAAUAAUAAUAAUUACUAGAAGCUGAAUGUUGGAAGAUUCAGGACAGAUAAAAGAAACUACUCGUUCGCAUGGCGCCUGGUUAAAACUGUGGAACUCACUGCCACAGGAGGCAGUGAUGGCCAGCAACUUGGAUGGCUUCAAAAGAGUAUUAGACAAAUUAAUGGAGGAUAAGAUAAUCAAUGAUUGCUAACCCUGGUGACUAUGUUCUAUUUGCUAGGAAUUUUAAUUGGGGAGUGUGCUGUCAUGCUCCCAUUCUGCUUCCAGGCCAUCCUUGAAUAUCUCACUGGCCGCUUAUGAGGACAGUCCUGGACUAGAUGGGCCAUUGAUCUAAUUGAGUAGGGCUUCUUACACACAACUCUUUGUCAGACUGCAUGUUUUAAUUUUUUGUAAAGGAGGAGGGAAACACUUUGUUGGGGCCAAACAAGAUUCAUGCUCGUAAGUAAAAAACAAAGCAAAGAUGAUUGUUGGAAUCUAGCUUGAAGAAAAGUUCUGUAGAACUUUAAAACUCCCACAUGUCUCCCACAUGAUGUGAAGUUCACUGGGUAUUUAGAUGACAGGGCAGCCACUGAGGCCCAUUGCAAAAGGACAUCAGUCACAUAAAUAUUUAGUUUAUUUGCAUCUCUUUUUUGGGGCAGAAAUGAUGUUGCUUAUUUACUGUUGUACAUUUUAACAUCUAUAUAAUGUCCAAUAUGUGUUUGGUGCUUGCUGUGCAGUAUGCAGAAAUUCCAUUAUUUUCAUGUGGAAAUCUCAUGCCGUUAACAAUAAAUUGUGCAGACCAGAAUAUUUUGCUUCUGGUAGCUGAGUUGUCAAAGAACUUGACUUUCAUGGGGAGGGGUGAAGUCACUAAGGAAGUAUGCAAAAGAUACUUUGAACAUAUAUUUCUGCCCUACAUAGAGUCAGAUAAUUUAUUCAUUAGUCCAGCACUGUCUGUUCUGAUUGGCAUCAGGUUUCCCAGAUCUCAAGCUGGGGUUAUUUCAAGCCCUGCAGGCUGAGAUUGUUUAACUGGAGAUAAUAGCAAUUGCAAAGCAUGUGCCUAACCCCUGAAUUGUGGGGUCUUGCAAUUUGGAUCAGUGGGAUUUAGGACCAGGGAUUAGGACCAGGCAAUAAUAAAUAUAAGAGGAACUAGAAAAGGGUUUGUGUGUACGUGGGUGGGAAGUAACAUCAAAGGGUAUUCUUUUGCUGCUCAGUGGAAAUUCAGUCUCAUCAUCUGACUUUUACUAGAUAAUUUUCUUUUCAAGCUUUUCUGCAUCCUUAAGAACUAGAAACUUGCUAUCUUAGUCAUGCAAUGGAACACACGAAGACACAGGAGGGUAGAAAUUUGGUGGCUGUUAGUUUCAAAUAUAGUGGUACCUCGGGUUAAGUACUUAAUUUGUUCCGGAGGUCCGUACUUAACCUGAAACUGUUCUUAUCCUGAUGCACCACUUUAGCUACUGGGGCCUCCUGCUGCUGCUGCGCCGCCAGAGCACGAUUUCUGUUCUCAUCCUGAAGCAAAGUUCUUAACCUGAAGCACUAUUUCUGGGUUAGUGGAGUCUGUAACCUGAAGCGUAUGUAACCUGAAGCGUAUGUAACCAGAGGGACCACUGUAGUUGUACUCUGACUUGGGCAACUUGUUGGAAAGGCCCCAUUAAAAAAGCCUUUAUGGACAACCUCAGGGUAGUCUAUCAGGAUCUCCUGCGUUAAACAAGGUUGGUGAUCAGUAGAAUAAUAUGUGUGUGGAAUAUUUCUGAGAGAUAGAAGAUUGAUUUGGGAAGGAGCAGACUUAAGUUGCAAGGUAUGAAUAUAGCUUUUAGUGAAAACUGUCUUCUCAGAAUAUAAGAGGGAAAAAGCAGGCCAAUAGGGUGUCAGCUUUUGAGUAAUACAAAACACUGUGAAGCACUUUCAAUGGCUGUGAUUGUUUCUUUCCCCGCCCUGACACCUGCGUGUCAAAGGUAUACACUAAAAUGUGAAGCGCUCCUAAAUCUUGAUAAAAGGCAUAAGGGCUUAGUCAUUUUCAACAGUUUCCUAAUUAAAACUGUGCUCUAGAGUUAUGUGUAACUCAAAAUUUUGCACAGGGCUACAGGCCAACAGAAGGCAGGCCCAUCAAAGGCUGCUGUUGUUUCUACCUAGUUUGGGUGGUCAUUCGUGCAUUUCAGGGACAAGGGGGUGGGGGAGAGCUGGACCUAGCUUGGAUCUGCCUAUUAAGAGACUGUUUGCAGUGCUUCCUCCCUUGAAACCCACCUGCUUUGCAUUGCUAAGCUUGAUGACUUUUAUAUCUACCCUCCAUGACACCAAUGCUGUCAAGCUCUGGCAUAAUCUGUGCAGGUGAAGACAGACGUCAGAACUUGUUUGUACAGAGACCUUUUGCAUCUAUGUUAGCUCAAUUUAGACAAUUUACAAUGACAUAUUCAUUGUUUACAUAGAAUUAUGCCCUGUUGAGUUCAGUGACGCUUACUCCUGGAUCAGUUAAGUGUGAAAAGAAUUGCAGCUUUAGUGACUAGUUUGGAUUUUUUCCUAGGUGUAUAAUAUAUCUAAAUCAUAAACCUAGCCAAUUUAUAGAUAAACCUAAUGCAUGCCUCUUGCGUACUUCGGGUGUGUGAAAUAUUUUAAUUGUUUUAAGAUAAUUUGUAUCCUUCCUUACCAUUUUUUUUAAACGGGGGAACCAUGGCAUGCUCUCCUCCCUGAACUGCAGCUGGCACCGACAUCAUUCGUUGUUGUUGUUUAGUCGUUCAGUUGUGUCCGACUCUUCAUGACCCCAUGGACCAGAGCACGCCAGGCACUCCUGUCUUCCACUGCCUCCCGCAGUUUGGUCAAACUCAUGCUGGUAGCUUCGAGAACACUGUCCAACCAUCUCGUCCUCUGUCAUCCCCUUCUCCUUGUGCUUUCCCAACAUCAGGGUCUUUUCCAGGGAGUCUUCUCUUCUCAUGAGGUGGCCAAAGUAUUGGAGCCUCAGCUUCAGGAUCUGUCCUUCCAGUGAGCACUCAGGACUGAUUUCCUUAAGAAUGGAUAGGUUUGAUCUUCUUGUAGUCCAUGGGACUCUCAAGAGCUUCUCAUAGCUUCUCUGAGUUAUUCAAGCCCCUUCGCCACGGCAAGGCAGUGAUCCAUGAAGGGGCUGACAUCCUUCAGUACUAACUAAAUACCUAUCUCUUCAUCUGGGCCAAUUAGUGGCAAUAGGAGUGAGAUAUUGAGGACAGCAGGAUAUAAAAUAAAUUUUAAAAGCCUAGGAGGUGCUGAAUAACUCUUUCAUUAAAACAAGUAAAAACAAAACAAAACAAGUGAAAGCAAAAAAGGUGUAAAAGGCAGCAUGUCAGACUAAAAAACAGUCAGCAUAAUAGCUAGCAUAUAGGUGAGUGGAAAACUUACUUAAAUAGUCUAAACUAGGCAGGACAAAGUACAAAAGAAGGUGGUCAGACAAACCACCUGUAGAAAGGAAUUCCACUUGUGCAUACUUUUUGCAUUGAAUCCACUCCCACAAGACAUAAUGAUGGUCACCAACUUGAAUGGCUUUAAAAGAGUAGCUGUCAAUGGCUACCAGUCAGAAUGGUUUGCGUUCUUCUGCCUCCAGGGUUGGAGUCAUUAUUUCUCUGAAUACUGGUUGCUGGGAAUCACAAGGGGGGCGAAUGCUGCUGCACUCACAUCCUGCUUUGCAGGCUUCCCUAAUUGUCCACUGCUUGCUGGGCUAGAAGGCACUGUAUCCUGACCCAGCAACUAGACUCUGAUGGUUUUCUUAACUGUGGCAUGGCCACAGAAAAGGCCCUGUUGAACAUCCCCAGGAAUUUUACCUCGGCCUGUGUUGGAACACAGAGAAGAGCCUCUCCUUUGGAGCGUAGGAAAGAUGUUACGGAAGGUGGCCGUCUUUCAUAAAACAGGGGUAACAAUUCCCUACAUUUCAUAGACUCGUAGAGUUGGAAGGGACCAUGAGGGUCAUCUAGUCCAACCCCCUACAAUGCAGUAAGCAUCGCCCAACAUGGGGCAUGAUUCUGGACCUUUCCCAGUUCUUCAUCAUGAGGAUGAUGCUAUCGAUGACUGAUAUGUGAACUUUUGCCCUGCAUCUUUUCAUGCCCAUGACGGAGAGAAGCCCUAGGGGAAUGUGAAAACUGUCCUACUCUAGUAAUGUUCUUCCAAACCAACAUUUUUGAAAUAGUGGCAUGACAAUGGCUGCUAUUAAUGAUGGCAAAAUGCAUCCUCCAGGUUCAGAUGCUGCAUACAUUCAAAUUCCAGCUGCUGGAGAACAAGAGCAAGAGAUAGCUGUGGCCAGCAUGUCCCUGCUCAAGGGCUUCCUGUAGGCAUCUGGUUGGCCAAUGUGGGAAAUGGGAUGCUGGGCUAGAUAACUAGGUCUGAUAAGUUGCCCAUCUCAUAAGGAAAGGACCCUGUUCACCCACUCCCUCCUUGCUUCAGCUCCUGCCCUGUUCCAAAGACUGUGCUAGUUAAUAACUUCAGGGUUUUAUUAAGGUGAAAGUUGCCCUAAUAUGUGACUGUGGCCACAGCCAUUGUGCAUGCUGGUUUACAGUUUGUUUUCUCCCAGUCUGUCAGCUCUCUUUCCCCACGCCAACUUGGUUGGAGGGAAAGUGAGCUGAUUGUGAGUCAUCUGUCAACUUAGAUCAUUGCCUUAAGAUUUAGUUUCCAUUUCCCAGGAGAACCAGCUUUAUGGGAGGAAUAGGCUUGAUGGCAUAAGCCAAUUUGCUGCUCGUUGUCUUGGAAACCAAACUCUUGCAUUCAAAAAGGUUUGUGUUUAAGUCUCCGCUUUUCAGGCAACCUUUUCAAGUUGGGAGACAAGCAGGAAUGGCCCUUUCAGAGUUCCUGGUGGGUGUCCCUCAAUAGCAACUUUUGGAUGAGAGUCCUUUUCAGAAACAAUUAAGUGAACCAAAAAGGAUAAUGUUAUUUUUCACUGCAAAAAUAGCUGUAGGCCUUGGGAAGUUCUGGAUGUGGACUUGGUCUGUAUGUCCUGACUUUGUGUAUCCCACACAUUGCAGACAUUAAGAACAUAAGAUUCCUGCUGGAUCAGACCAAAGGCCCAUCUCUUCAGCAUCCAGUUCUCACGGUUGCCAGCCAGAUGGCUGUGGGCUCCCUGCAAGCAGAACCCUAGACCAACAGGGCUGUCCCCUCCAGCCAUUUCCAGGCUCUUCUUGUCCUUCUUGCUCUGAAAUGCAGCUUAUAGGGGCACAUGAUUGUGUUUUCUCAUCUGCAGCAGCCAGACGUUGGCACAGUGAAUUCCAAGGACUUUGGUGCUCUUCAUACAUGAACACAUUUGGACAGCAAGUGACAACUGUUUUGCUUGAACACACAUUUUGUGUGCCACCCUGCCAUUUCUGUGUGUAUUGUUGUUUUGCUGCUGAGGCUGCUUAGUUGAUAUUAUUAUUAUUAUUAUUAUUAUUAUUAUUAUUAUGCUUUUCCUGGUUUGUAAGUCAUUCUGGGAACUCAAUUUGGGUGGAAGAGGCAGGGUAGAAAUGGUUUACAGGGUAGAAAUGGAAUACAGAGAACAUUAAAUACAAUUUUGGCUCAGUGAGCCAUUGGAUGCCUUCUUGAAAAAGCAAAAAAUAAAUUUAAAAAAUGGCACUCCAGUGUAGUAGAGUGACUCAUUUGUAGGGAUGUGGCAGAUCUGUUGCUCUUCUUUAAGCCAGCUUUGCAAGGACUUGCUGAGGAAGCGAUUCUCUUCCCCACCCCCUGCCGCUCUUCUCCCUUCUCUUGCUGCCCUACCCUGAUUCGUCACCAUUUGUCCUGGGCUCUCGGACUGAUAAUUGCCAGCUCAGUAUUUGAACACAUAUUGGUAGCAGUAAUUGGAACACAGCAGCUCUCUUGUAAGGAAGUUCAGGUGUUCUGGGGUGGAGUUGCGGGAUCCAAGGGAGAGUGGCUGAGAUCAUUCUGCAUAAAAGCUCGUGUAUGGCAGAAAAUGUGCACAGCUAGCCCAAAACUGUGGUUGUGAGCAUUUGGACCACAAACUUACCUCCUGUUCCUACAGUUUCUCCCUGUUGUGGCCAUGUGUGGUUUUUUUUUGGGGGGGGGAGAGAACACUGUUAAGGAAGUCAUAAGAGUAUGGCAUUUGUAGAUAAGAGACUGAUUCAAAAGCAAUUCCUAUCCGCCAUAAGAAAGUAGCAAAUUACCACAGUGCUUCAUUCAUGUCAUUCAGGAUGUGGUAGAGUCUGCAUCAGCUUUUACUAAACAUGCUCUUGCAAUUUUUAAAUUGCUCUGCAGGGAAGACAUGAUAUCUUCCCUGUGGUUGAGAUUUUACUCUGAUUUUCAUGAGCCUGAGACUUGACAAUCCUUGGACUUUAUGACAAUAAUACGUAUAGAAGGUUAAUAGUAAUAUGAUAUGUAAUUGCCAUCAGGAAUUACAGUUUUAUUACAUAUAAUGUUAUGUUAUUUUACAGUCUUUUACAUGUGUGCUGUGGUGUUAUGAGCAUUCAUAAAAGCAAUGAACAAAUGCAGCUCCUGUCCUAGGGCAGCCUUCUGGGGUUUUUUUGGGCUUUGGUUGGGUUUUUUGUGUGUGUCCAGGGGUGUCCACUUCUAUUCUUAAUAUGCAAGGCAGGUUCUCUGGUGCAGACAAAAACAGGAGGAGGCUUCUAAAUAUAAUCCUGGCUCAGAGCCUGCCAGUCCUCUUUUUCUGUUCUCUGGCUUACAAAGCUCUUGACCCUAAACUCCACCAUCCUCAGUUGCCCCAAAGCUCCCUGCUUCGUUUAAACACUUUUGGCCCCCUGUCUGGGGACACCCUCCCAGAACACCAUACAUGGCAUGAGGUCUCACUCUUGUACCCCGCCCCCAGUUUCCAUUACUGAAUUUGCUCCACUCCUCACCCCAAUUUAAUGUAAUGGUGUUCAUGUAUUUGAAAUGCUGGCCUUCUACCCAACAGCGGUAUCUACACACGUAAGACUAAAAAACAAUUAAAACACAAAGAGCGCAGUGCAAACCAAGCAGUGGAAGAAGAAAACACACGUUCAUUUCAUGUUACUUUUGCUGCUUCCCCUCCCCUUUCUGCUCUGCUGUCAUAGAAUAUAAGCUGCUUGGACAAAUGAUUCACCACCAUUCUUGCUUAUCUUCCGUUGUAAGAUAGCUGUGGCCGUUCUUGGACCAAAAUAAUAAUAAUUUAUUUAUUUAAGGGUGUUUAUUAACUGCUUUUUAGGCACACUUCACUAAGUGGUUUACAUAAUAUUCCUAUCACAAUCAGCAGAUUUUUGCAAAAAGUUAUCGGUAAAAGGCAGUUACCGGUACUGCAGUUUAUUUUAGUAGAUGCUACUGCUUCUCACCCUGCCCCCCACCCAAGGCAAACAUGGUCCUUGAGACGCUCCUGUUGUGGGAAGCCACUAGGGGAGCUGGAUGGUGGUACAUUCCCAAGCUUUCCCCCACUCCCCAUUGCUUGGCCACUGUGGUCCUGGCACUGGUAACCUCUGGAAUGAAUUACUACAGUGUGUUCUAUGUGGGGCUUCCCUUGGGCUUAGUCCACAAGCUGGUGCAGACUGCAGCAGGUAGGUUGUUGCUUGGCCCACCCUGUUGACGCCACUCCUGCUGAGGGAACUGAAAUGGCAGCCAGUAUGUUACUGGGCACAGUUCAGUGCUCUGCUUUUAGCAUUUAAAGCCAUAAAUAACUUGGUGCCAGCUUGCUUGAGGGACUGUCUCACCCUGUAUUUCAGCAAGUGCACUUCUCAGAUGGGCACUGCUGAGAGUAUCUCCUGCCACAGAGGUAUACUUAGUAAGUAUUGGAAAGAGGGCUUUUAGUGUUGCAGCUCCAGCCUUCUAGAAUUGGUUGCCUACUGUGUUUAAGCAAGCAUCUAGCACCAUGAGAUUUAGGCAUUUAUUGAAGACCUUUUUUAAAAAAAAUCUUUCCUUGAAGUGGGAGCCUGUCAUUUUAUGGAAUCUUAACAGUACAAAUAAGGAACUGGUUUUAUUGUGUUCAUUGAGUCUGUGUUAGUAUUUUAAUCUCUUUGUUAUCUUGCUGUACACCACUUUUGUAGCUUUUGGCUAUGAAUCAGUUUAUAGAUCUGCAAAUAAAAUAAAAAUCAUCCUUUGUAAAGCACCAUGUACACAGAUGGUUAUACGUAACCAGUAAAUAAUAUAAUAAUCAAGUUCUUAAAUGGCCUCUCUGUAUUGCAGCUCUUGUAUUAUUAUUUAGAAGUAAGAUCCUCAUCAGUUUUAGGAUGCACUCAGUGAAAUUUUCUCCCAUGGUGGUUCUAAAGUUCUGUUGAAUGGGAACGAAAGAUCCAUCUUGCAUUUCAUCCUGUUCUAACAAUGGUCUGUUGGAUGUCUCCAUGAAAUACAGAAACAGGUCAUGAAGGCUUGGGCCUCCCUGCACAGCAGCAAGGAUUCAGAGGUAGACUUUCUCUGAACCUGAAGGUUCUGUUUAGCUAUUACAGUGGUGCCUCGCAAGACGAAAUUAAUCCGUUCCGCGAGUCUCUUCGUCUAGCGGUUUUUUCGUCUUGCGAAGCAACCCUAUUAGCGGUUUAGCGGCUAUUAAAGGCUUAGCGGCUUAGCGGCUAAAAGGCUAUUAGCGGCUUAGAAAAAGGGGGGGGGAGCGAAAAAAAUCGCAAGACUCGCAAGACUUUUUUGCUUUGCGAAGCAAGCCCAUAGGGAAAUUCAUCCUGCGAUGCGCAUCGAAAAACGGAAAACCCUUUCGUCUAGCGGGUUUUUCGUCUUGCGAGGCAUUCGUCUUGCGGGGCACCACUGUACGGCUAUUAGCCGUUGACAGCCCUAAGCUCUGUGAAUCUGGCUACUUCCUCUUUAAAGCUACUUGCCACUGCCACAUCUUGUGGGAGCGAAUUCUGUAAGUUAAUUAUGUGCUGUGUGAAGAAGUGCUUGUUUCUGACUUUCCUGAAUCUCUUACCUGUCAAUGGGUAUGGGGAUAGCUCAGUUGGUAGAGCAUCUUUCGCCCAAUGUGGGGCUCGAAUCUCAGGGCUGUGGGUUUGAGCCCCACAUUGGGUGAAAGAUUCCUGCAUUGCAGGGAAUUGGACUAGAUGAUCCUCGUGGCCCCUUCGAGCUCUAUGAAUCUGUGUGAGAGACGUUGAUGAUUCUAUCCUGCCCUACCUCCCAAAGGAAUUUGUGUCUGCUUUUCUCCAGACCACGAUGAGUUUAUAAUUUAUAAUUUACCCUUUUAAGCGUUCUUUCUUUAAAAAAGAAGAAGAAAUGCUGUUAAAGUGUGGCUGUCACAAGGGAAAAUGCUUGGGAGGAAGCUCUCCAACCAGGACUGCAGCAGAGGAGCUGUCGCGCCAUCUGUACUGGCACAAGUAGUUGCAUUGGAACAGCAUGGAUGGGGUUUCUGUUGAACUUGAACUGGUGACACCACAUCCUGCUUAUGUUACUGUUUUUCCACAAUGAUGACAUUGUAAAGGGUCACAAAGCAGCGAGGAAAUUUUGCCUGCGCAACAGAACUGAUGGUCUGCAUUUUUCAGGAAGGAGCACUGGAAGUUGCUGGGCAACCUGAAGACGACAGUGGAAGGUUUGGUGUCUAUAAACAAUCCCAACGUCUGGUCUAAGUAUGGUGGCUUGGAGCGACUCUGCAGGGACAUGCACAGCAUUCUGCAUCAUGGGCUCAUUCCAGACAAGGUAGGCUUUCUCGGCUUUCUCUGGAGUUUAUACUCUUACUUCUGCUUUAGCAGGUGGGUAUCUUGACCGGUGUUCACCUGGGACAGCCAUAAAAUGGAUCCCUUAACCAUCUUGUCUAAAAUCUGACCUAGAUGUCAUGUCUUGGACGAGAAUAGAUAGGAAUGUUAGUAGUCGGGUUGCAUCCACAGAACAAGAUGCUAAGGAAGAAGUGAGGCAAGACUGAGACCUGGGCCAACUAGUGUUUGUUUUUGUAAAAAAGAAAAAAAAGGGGGGGAGCAGGUAUAGUAGAGCUGUGAUCCAAGAAUUAGUUAGAUCAUAUUUCCUUUCCAAGGUGACCUUAGGCAAGCCCUUUUGUCUCCCCAUCUGCAGUCAUUUUCAGCUUCAGUCCUUCCUGUCUCCAGGGUGAUGGCUCCUGCUUUCCCUGUAGAGCAGUGUUUCCCAACCUUGGGCCUCCAGCUGUUUUUGGACUACAACUCCCAUCAUCCCUAGCUAGCAAGACCAGUGGUCAGGGAUGAUGGGAAUUGUAGUUCAAAAACAGCUGGAGGCCCAAGGUUGGGAAACACUGCUGUAGAGGAUCACCUGGGAAAUAGGUUCUCUCUGAACUGGAAGGUUUUGUUCUCUUCACACUGUUCAUGAUUUUACGAAGCUUCAUCAUGCCUCCCCUGCACAUUCAUACACAUUUUUUAGAGUAGUGGUACUUCUGAGCAUGCACAUAAGAGCACCAGGCCAAUGGCCCACCUAGUCCGGCAUCCUGUUCUCACAGUGGCUGACCAGAUGCCUGUGGGAAGCCUGCAAGCAGGACAUGAGCACAUCGGCACUCUGCCCACCUGUGAUUCCCAGCAGCUGCUAUUCAAGGCAUGUUGCCUCUCAUGGUGGAGGUGGAAUAUAGCCAUUGUGGCAUUGAUAGCCUUGUCCUCUAUGAAUUGGUUUAGUCCUCUAGUCUAGACAUCCAGUUCCCUAGCUGUGCUGCCAUUAAAUGUCGAACAGCAUUAAUACCUUCCCUCCUGCAACAACCAACAGUUUCUUUUGCCACUGUAGUUGCAAGAAUAAAUCAUUAACUUGCCUUUAUCAUCUUGUGGAAUGGAAUAUUGUACUUUUGAGAUAAUAAUUAGUAAUAAUCUGUUCUGUAGGGCUUUUGCAGUCCUCCAGAGAUAAAAUCAGGCUGUUGGUUGCAGUACAGGCAACUACCCCCAUUUUGUGCGGGGUUUGCAUUCCUGACCCUUGCACACAUUGGUGGAGCUUGUGUAAGUGCUCUCCUCCCUGUUACGCCCCUGCCCUGUUAUGCCCCUGACCCACCCCUUUUUCCGGGCACUUCUAGGUUGUGGCAAUGCGUGUGUGCACAGUCGCACAUAUUUUGAACAUGCAAGAAACAAUCAUUGCUUGUAGUGGAUAAGCUGUAACCAAAGUUACUAGUGAUCAGUGCAUUUUCUCCAUAGAGAGAAGAAAUCAGCAUCUUGGGAAUUUGGGCACAGUUAAAUAAGAGCAUGAAUGCACACACCUUAAGGUUCCUACAUCCAUGAAAAAUCUGGUAUCUUGAAAGCCUUGGUAUUGUUGCUUCAAAAAUACACUGAUUCUUAUUUGGUUCAGUGUUAUAUUAAUGUUGGCUGCUCUAGAAAACGUUUUCAUGUUUAUAAAACUGUAGCUGUCAGGAUGUGUAGUGUGGUGUUUGCUUUGGCCUUCCUGUCUAACCUAAUUUAGUUCCAUUUGUAUUUGCACCAUUCAUUGUCUGCUCCAUCCAUACAGCUGCUCUUAAUGUAUAUUAGCCCCCUUGAUAAUUUUAAUCAGAAAGACAGGAUAUAACUGUUCCCGCUUUAAAAAUAUAUAAUUUGUUGCUUGGGAAAGGUUGAGCCAUAACAAUGUAAUUAAGAUGUUAUAUUCUUGGGCAAGGUUCUUGAGCAGGUAGUCACAGACCAGAUCCAGACGCUGUUGGAGGAAGUGGGUAUUUUUAGAUCCAUUUCAAUCGGGUUUUAGGCCCAGUUUGGGCACAGAAACUGCUUUGGUCACCCUGUAUGACUUCUGUUAAGAGGAAGACAGGGGAAAUGUGUACCCAUUAGUUCGCCUCAACCUCUCUGCAGCUUUUCAUCAUUGUAUCCUUCUGGAGUGACUGUCCAAGUUAGGGGUAGGUGGCACCACUUUUUGGUAUUUCUGGUCCUAUUUGGAUGGUCAUUUCCAGAGGGCGAUAACUGGGGAGUGCUCUUCAGCCUUGUGGAGCUUUCAGUGUGGGGUUCCUCAGGGUUCAGUUUUAUCCCAUAUGCUCAGUGAGGUCAUCCAGAGUUUCUGAGUACAUUGUCAGCAAUAUGCUGAUGGCACAACAGUUACUCUUGCCUCAAGCCUUUGUAGUUUUGUGAGUGUUGGUGUGUGUGUUUUCAAACAAACCAUGGGUAAGGAAAACUAUUGAAUUUACACGUAAUGUUAAGCCAUGUUUAAAACAAGCCAAGUUUCAUAAGCCAUCAAAAACCCAUGACUUCAAAUCGUCGGUUUUUGGCAAUAAAUAAUAGGUAAGCUGCUGGGCAGGGUACACACAUAACACUAAAGCAUAGUUUGAUAAACUAUGAUUUAGCAUUAUGUACCAACCAGGUGAUUGAUUUGCUUAACCUGAAUGCAGCAUGUUCCAGACACCAGGAAGGCAUUGAAUUCUUGACUCUGUUCUUGUCUGACUUUUUGCAACUGCUUGAGAGAAGGAAGAUGCAAAUUAAGCUGUAACAGAGGUUAUUUCAGAAGUAGCACUUCAGACCACCUGACAUGUUUUGGUCCGUAGUUCAUAAUUGACAGCGGUAAAGGAGUUAAUUUCCUUCCUCUUUCUAAGCCUGCCUCUUAAUGAAUCUGGUCUCUGAUCACAUAUUGAGCUGGCACUGCCAGGGGAAUUUUUAACUCUCUGUAUUUCCUGGGCAGGUGUGUUGCAGGCAGAGGGAUUAUUGGCAGUUUGUGAAGGACCUCCGUUGGCUGAGCCCACAUGCUGCCCAUCACAUUGAAAAGGUGAGCUCAUGUUUUGGGGAAAGAAGAUCUUGGUUUUGCCAGGGGGUGGGGGACAUGUUUGUCGAGGUGAGCAGAAGUCACUUGCCUCUUUGUUGUUUUUAAUCUUUACGGAAGGUCUGAAAGGCAAAUCUUGCUGGGAUUGUUUGCAGGAAGCCAGUAACUCAAAUAAAAAGUGCUGACGGCAGGUGGGAGGGAGCUGAUGGGAAACUCUUACCUGCAGCCCAAGGUUGGUGAGGAAAUGCAAGCAGCUUCAGACCUGAGGAAAGUUUAAUAAUAAUAAUAAUAAUAAUAAUAAUAAAUAACAACAACUGAUUUAUAACUGAACUAUAACUGAAUUCCCAUCAAGCUCCCUUUGCCUGCUGCAGCUCAAGUUCUGACACUGGACCAAUGGCGAGAGUUGUGAUAUAAAACGGGAAAAUUGGCGUGAUUGUCGUGGAAAGCAUAUGUAGGUGUGUUGUAUUGGGGCUGCGGCUACAGUCUCCAUUUAGAGAACAAUCAGGCAAGAAAAUGGGGUCUGCUAAGGGCAGACAGCUUCCUCCUUCUCCAAGGGUUAUAACACAUCUCAGGCUUGCAAAGUGAGGCCAUUAUUUUCCCUGUUGUGCGAAUGGGGAACUGAUGCUGAUACAGAGUGGCUUUCCGGCAGCCUAGGCUAUGCUGCCUCUCAUUUGUCUGCUGGUGCCUCAAGCAGCAGUCCCUCAUACCCUUCCAGGGACAGUGGCAAAUUGAGAGAGAUGCUAAGAGGAGUAUGUAAUCAGGGCUCUUCUGGGACGCUGCUGUCCAUUACCUGCUAGUCUCUGCCAGCUUUUCAGAGGAAGUAGCAUCUGUCUUCCAGUUUAUCAACCUGUACGAGAACGGACAGCGGAACACCGACGGCGUCAGUGAUCGAGCCAUUGCAGAGGCGUGGCUCCAGCACAGCCUGCAGUUCCAUUGCCUGUCAGCUCAGCUGAAGCCUCUGCUUGGGAACAAACAGUACACCAGGAAGUUCUAUGCAGGUAAGAUGAAACCCGUGCUCUUCCUCUUCUUUCUCGUGCCAUUCGUCUUCUUUCUUGUACCCUGUGGUCUGCACUUGGCAGCCUGCAAACAAAAGGCAGCUUUCAGACAGACACAGGUGGCUUCUCUCUUCCUCCCCCUUCCCCAAAAUUGAGGUUAAAGUCCCAGGCUGGCCAUGCUGGCAAAUGUUGUUUAAAGGAUGUGGAAGGGUCAUGGCUCAGUGGUAGGUUGUCUGCUUUGCAUGUGGAAGAUCGCAAUUUCAAUCCCCAGCAUUUCCACAUAGGCCUGAAACCCUGUAGAGCAUGGGUAGGCAAACUAAGGCCCGGGGGCCAGAUCCAGCCCAAUCGCAUUCUAAAUCCAGCCCAUGGGCGGUCUGGGAAUCAGCGUGUUUUUUCAUGAGUAGAAUGUGUCCUUUUAUUUAAAAUGCAUCUCUGGGUUAUUUGUGGGGCAUAGGAAUUCAUUCAUUCAUCCCCCCUCCGCAAAAUAGUCCAUCCCCCCAGAAGGUCUGAGGGACAGUGGACCGGCCCCCUGCUGAAAAAGUUUGCUGACCUCUGCUGUAGAGCCACUGCUGGGCAUUGUAGACAAUACUACAAUACUGCCCGGGGAUCUUUGGAUAAAAGGGCAAAGGAAAAAGUCACGUCUGUUGCUCCUCAGAGUUUUUCAUGUGCUCCUCUGGAGGUUUCCCAGGAAGGAAUGUGCCUCUUAGGCUGAAAAAGGUUUCUCAUCCCUGGGGGGGGGGGGGGACACAAAGCAAUGAGCUGUGCUGCCUCAUCUAUUGUUUCACAUCAUGUCUUUUGUAGCUGUUCUGUUGUACUGCUUUCACUUUAUUAAAGCUGCUUCCUUAUUUAUCUGGCAGUUCAUCAAUUUUCAUAUCCUCUUUUUGUGUUUCAUAUUCAUGUUCUUUUAAACAUGGAUGACCUGGCUAAAUUUGUUUUACUGAAGUGCAAAUCCUCCGCCUAAUAUUUUUGUUUGAUGUCUCAUUUCGCUCUGUACGUUAUAUAUGUGCACAUACAAAUGCAAACUAAUAAAUAUGUCUGGAAAAGUAAGCAAUAAAAAAUGGGAAAAUGCCAAAAUACUAUAACUGGCCUAUAUAUAUUAAGAGCUUAACCAGUGACUCAAAAGGUAGUAAAAGAGGAUUAGGCAAUUCAUGGGUGGCAAGGCUGUGUUCUAUCUCCCUUCUCAUAAUCAAUAUGUUCUUAAAACCAGUUACUAGGCUUCCCCAGUGGAAAGAGUGCUGUUGUGCUCAUAUCCUUUCUUGCAGUCUUCCCAAGAAGUAUCAGGUUGGCCACUGUGAGAACAGAACGUUGGACUAGAUGUGUUGCUAGCCUGAUCUUGCCGGCUCUUCUUAGCUUCUCUGGCAGCCCAUGGUAUAUCUGAAUGACAUGUAUGAACACACUGCGUGAACAAUCCUGUAGUGACCUCUCAUGAUAGACACUUACGUGUCAUUCACCACUCUUGGGUACUUUGGUUGGUCUGAUCCUGUGGCCUGCAGGGAGGUUGAAACAGAUUCUCUUUCCUCACUGUCUGGGGUGUGCUGAGGUUCCUGGGGCGAGAGGAAAGGCAAGCAGUUUCCCAAGCCGUGGGGACAGUGCAUUGUCUUGUUCUUUCAGCUGUUGAGCAUGAUAGCAGUCAAGAUGCCUAAAAAGAGCCAGUGUACAGAGCACGUAAUAUGGAUAACACUGAAAGUCAAGUACAGGAUAGACAUGGAAACCUCAAACUCCUGCACUAGAGAUAAACACUUUUAGGUAACUAAAUUUCUUUAGAAAAAGGCUUGCAUCUCAGUCAAGAAGGAAGUCUUCUCUGUUGGCCUUCUCUUGGGAGACCCAGGCUUAAUUCUUGCUGAGCCGUAACCAUUUGAUACCAAAAAACGAACAAAAAUUCGCAUAGAAUACUACAGCAUCAAAGACAAGGGUUCUAGUCUAGCCUUCUCCUGACAUGCUGGUUUUCAGUGUGCAAGGGAUAUUUCCAUUGCAUGAGCCCUCAUCUGCAGCCUGAAGUGAAGCAGGCUUACCACUUAAGUGAGAACUAGGCCUAUGGGACCCUGCUUUUAUGGCAAAGAGUAGAAAGAAUAAAUGCCCAGGAACAAAGGAAGCUGCCCUUAUACCACAUCAGACUAUUAAUCCAGCUAGGCUAGAGUUAGCUGCUCUGGCUGGGAGCGGCUCUUGCAAGGCCAUCUGGAAAAGUCUUUCCCAGCCCUACUAUCUGAAAUCCUUUUAACUGGGACUGAGCCUGGGACCUUCUGCAUUCAAAGCAUGUGAUCUACUACUAAGUACAGUGGUACCUCGGCUUAAGUACUUAAUUUGUUUCGGAGGUCCGUUCUUAACCUGAAACUGUUCUUAACCUGAAGCAGCACUUUAGCUAAUGGGGCCUCUUGCUCCUGCCAUGCCACUGGAGCACGAUUUCUGUUCUCAUCCUGAAGCAAAGUUCUUAACCCGAGGUACUAUUUCUGGGUUAGCGCAGUCUGUAACCUGAAGUGUCAGUAACCCGAGGUACCACUGUAAUGGGCUCUUUCCUUUGGGCCUACUUCCUUAACUCCCAAACCCUUGCUUGUGCUUUUUUGUAUCCUCAGCCCCCGCAUGCUUAUGAUCACAGCCUGUUGAUACAAAGCCUUAAGUGUGUAGAGCUUGUACCAUGAAGGCUGGGGAGGAGGGGGGUCCCUUGUCCUAAUUGGCAUGCCAUGAAGGGAGACAUUCAAGAGGCCUUUGUUGUUGUAACACAGCUGCAGAGUCCGUUUCUGCAAUUCUUCUGUUGAGAUGGCGUGUCCAUGGGUGAGGCAACUGUCGAGGAACAUACUAGGGGACUGUUCCUGCAAAGGUAGCUUCUUCCAUGGCUGUGUCUAAUUGUAGGAACUCUGGUGACAGAUGCGGCACGAGAACCCAUCCCUGCUGCACUGCAGUGCAAACUACUAAGUUGUGGAGAAGGCAAGGCUAGAAUUCUCCUGCUUGACACGAUAGGUUUCCAGUGUGCAGGGAAGCUGCAUCAGCAGGGAUUUGACUCUAUGACACCUGACCUGGCCAACUCCCUGAUUGUAUGUCAACUGGGAAGUGCUAAGUGAGUGAAAAGCAGAGGAUACUUGUCCCAACACCUUCAUUUAGGUGGCUGUCUGAUUUAUAACUUGCAAGAGGUUUCUGAAGACUGCUGCGCAACCAUAGAAAUCUUUUCCCUGUGAAUUCAUUGGGCAUUGAAUGCUUUCUGAGAAGGAUUGUAAGACAGACAAGUUUGAGUUUUAGUAGUUCAGGGCUACUUUUUCUUUUUUAUAAAAGUCUUCAGUAUUUUUGCUGGGGAUCCUUUUAUUUUUGGUUUUUAUUUGACUUUUUUUUUUUAAUUGCUCAGCACCCUUGGGGAAGAAUAGAAAGCUAAGUAACACAUAGCUUGUAGGAAGUCUUUUCCCUCCUUCCUUCUGAAAGUCCCUUGGGUACUUCCUCUCCCCUCUCUUCUGUAGCAUGAAGCCCAGAGGACUGGACAUUAGGAAUGCAAAUACUGUAUGCUUCACCAUGUAAAGGAACAAUAAGCCAAUACUAUUGUAUUUUAAUAUUCUGUUGGAAGCUGCCCAGAAUGGCUGGGGAAACCCAGCCAGAUGGGCGUGGUAUAAAUAAAUUAUUAUUAUUAUUAUUAUUAUUAUUACAGUGGUACCUCAGGUUACAUACGCUUCAGGUUACAUACGCUUCAGGUUACAGACUUCGCUAACCCAGAAAUAGUGCUUCAGGUUAAGAACUUUGCUUCAGGAUGACAACAGAAAUCGUGCUCCGGUGACGCGGCACAGCAGGAGGCCAUAUUAGCUAAAGUGGUGCUUCAGGUUAAGAACAGUUUCAGGUUAAGUACGGACCUCCAGGACGAAUUAAGUAUUUAACAUGAGGUACCACUGUAGUAUUAUUAUUAUUAUUAUUAUUAUUAUUAUUAUUAUAUCAACCUGACUUUUCCUUUUUUCUUUUUUUUUUCUUUUUGCAGACUCGGCGUUCCUGCUCAGUGAUGCUCAUGUGACAGCCAUGUUACAGUGCUUGGAGGCUGUCGAACAGAACAACCCCCGGCUGCUAGCUCAGAUAGAUGCAUCUAUGGUGAGAAGGGUCCUCACUGCUUCUUGUUUGUGCCCCCUCCCCUUUUGCUCAUUGCUUCCCUCCUCCCAGGUGCUGCUCUGCUGUUGUCCUGCACACAAUAUCUCAUUCAGGAGCAAGCAGGGGACUCUUGAAGAAGUGCCUUGACUGCUUGACCCCAGAGGUUAAAUGCCCCAGAGCAUUUGCUGUAGCUCUGUAAAAUGGCUGGUCAGGAGGAAAUUGCUCAGCCAGCUAUAUCUUUGAGAAGGCAGAUUGCAGUGCUGGUUCAGAAGCAUCUGUCAGGUAGACUGGACCCUGGGGGAUUUUCUCCAUUGCUUCAGGGUUUGUUAUUAGUUGCUCCACUUAGCUUCCAGGCCUGCUUUCAGAAAGAGCCACAGUGGAUAAGACAUGAGGAAAUUACUGGGCUACUUCUAAAGACUAGCUGUUAGUGAAAUAGCUGCUGGGGAAGUUGUGGGUGACUCUUCUUUCUUGGAGGUUUGAAAAGAAGCUUGGCCAGGGAUCAGUGAAUGUGCUUUAGCUAUGUCACCUUGGAGCAGAUGUUGGAUUUAAUGAGUGGCUUUCCAUGGUGCCAGAAGUCAAGUGGGAGUUCCUCAAUAAGAUGAUCAGCAACGGUUCACAAACUUCUCUGAAACGCUGCUUGCCCACCUUUCCCUGCAACACAGAGUUUUCUUAGGGCAACACUUAACAUGGGACAACAGUGUUGAUGAGGCACAGCUGACAUGUUAGUGUCCCUAGAAUGUGCCCUCUGCAACACCCAGGGAUUCCACGGCAGCUGAUCUGGGGUUCACAGGCUAAAUCAAUCAAUCAAUCAAUCAAUCAAUCAAUAAAUAAAUGUGGACCCUGUUCCUUGAAUAUGGAUUGAUUCAGAUAAUCCACUGGAUUCCUUCCAUUUCUGGUUCUAUAGCUCUACUUCCUUGUGUAUUCCUUGUGCAUUAACUAGGUCCUUCUUUCAGUUUGCCAGGAAGAGCGAGUCCUCUGUGCCUGUGACCAAGAGCCAAAGUCUCACAGCGCUUCCUGGAUCCAUAUGUACCCCUCCAGCUGAAUGCACGACCCACCGGUAUUUUGGCUCCUUCUCAGGUCUUUACUCCGCCUCUGCCAGCAUUCAAGGUGAAAGCUCCAGCACCUCAAAGUGCAGUAGUUUAGGUUGUGCUUUUCUGUUGCCAUUUCUGUUUCUUAAAAUACUCAAGUCCAUGCUUCCCCUUCUUUCCCCACCUCUUUACAGACAGGAGACCAUCAAACACUUGGGUUUGCAGCGGCACCAGCCAGCCUCAGGAAAACUCCCAGUGUGCCUCAUCUCAUUGGCAGCCGGAGGGCAGGUCCCCCCAGUGGCAAGCCGCUCCUCUCCCUCACCUCACCGUCUGUCCCCCGAAAGAUGCCUCCCUUCCUGGUGAGAUGAGUGCCAGCACCUCGGCCAACGAUGACUCGUGGGCAGCCAGCCAGGAUGACACAGACGGGCCAGAAUACCUGGCGAUUGGGAACCUGGGCCGGCAGAGUCGGGCUUGCGGUAGCCCAGCCCAGUCUGGCACGUCCACUAGCAACAGUGCUGAGAGCAGCACCUCCAACCUGUUUUCGUCCAGCAGCUCCCAAAAGCAGUCCGUUUCCUCCUUGGGAGAUCAGGGAGCAAGUGGUGGCAGCAGCAGCAGCCGAGGGAUGAGCCUCUUCCGUAGGUCCAGCUUCUCAGAGGGUCAGACGGCAGCUUCCUAUGGGGCGCUCAAGAGGAGCCAUGUACGCUCCCAUUCAGACACCAAUGUGGCCUCUGGGAAAACUCACGGUAAGGUGUGGGCAAAAGAGUUGGAUAUUUUACGACUGCUGCUGUUGAGCACAGACUCAGCUGCCUCUGGAAAAACUUUCAACUUCUGUAAUGGUCCCUGCCCACUUAAUAGAAAAGACAGGAUUUGCAUGAAAGGUGUUACAAUGAAUGAAUAGCAGAAAUGAUGUACAAGGCAGCCAAGCCCUACCCUCCCACCCAUACUUGCUAUAGCUCAGGCUUUUGCAGCGGUGGGGGGGAUCUUUUUGGUUGGUUCCAUGGGCCAGGUCCUUAUCAGAAUUGGCUUUGUGGGCCAAAUUUGACGGGUGUUCAGAACCACCCACCUGUCAAAAUCCCUAGCAGGAGCAAUGUCAAAAUGGAGGUGAGGGCAGGUGUUUCACAAAGCGUUUUUGUAAACCACUCUGAAGUGCCUCAUACCCACCUUUUCAACCUUGCUCCAGCUCUGAAGAGCAAAAGUCAACCUGGUUCACCUUUCCCUUUGAUUUGUGACAUACUUCAUAGAUGGUCUUAGGGGAGCAGGUAGAAGGAGAUCAAGCUGGGAAGAUGAGCUGUUAUAAUUAUCUGUCAGAGAAAAGCAGACAGGGAGCUCCCAAAGCAAGUGGUCAAAAUUCAUGGCCGAAUAAUCCAUAUUUCAUGAACCCACUGUUGCCCAUGUCUGCCAGUCACCCUCAUCUCCUGUGAUGCCCCUUCUCAAAUGCUUUCCUUGGCUGCCUUCCCAUCCCCUUUCAUUUCCAGCAGAAAUUCCUUGGCUCUCCUGCCUCUAAAGCUGGCCACAGCCUUGCUAUUCCUUUGGUUUCCUUUACAGAGCUGUCUGUGACUUUGGUCUUCUAACCACAGCUGUGUGAUGAUCUUCCAACACAACUUUGCCUGUUCUCCUUUCCCGCCCUUCAGUUAGAAUAAUAGAAUCAUAGAAUUGUAGAGCUGGAAUGGACCCUGAGGAUCAUCUAGUCCAACCCCCUGCAAUGCAGGAAUAUGCAGCUGUCCCAUGCAUGGAUCGAACCUGCAACCUUGGCAUUAUCAGCACCAUGCUCUAACCAACUGAGCUAUCCAGUUGUGGAAGUCCCUCUCUGGACAAGUACAAGAGGCCAUCUCCCUUCUUUCACAUCCCCCCUCAAACCCUUCCUUUCCCCCCUGUGCAACAUUUCUUUUAAUCCCUGCCCUCAGUUGCAUCCGCACCUGAGUACAGGUAAUGCACUUGGUCACAUUUGCUUGCUUCUCUUCUCUCUCUCCUUCUCUUGGCUUUCUGGCCGGCAUUUGGAUUGUAGGCUCCUUGGAGACAGAGCCCCUCUCACUCGCUCAAGAAAUCCUGCAAAGUGCUAUGUACACUUAGGCUGCAAAAAUGACAAAUUGUAUGUCAAACUUCCUUCUCUGCACAGUAUUCAUAUAGUUGCUGAUGUAGCCAUGAAGAUGCAGAGUCACAUUGGUAGCCUUUUGUUGAGCUGCUGACCCCUUCCCAGAAAUCUAUCAUGCUACACAAAACACAAUUAUUCUUUUCCCCACUCAGCCAGUAGUAUUUUAACUUUGCCCACAUCUAGAAAUGCACUUCUCGAGACAGUGAAUAUCAUGCUGAGAAAGGGAUUGUAAAGAUUCCUGCUACAAGUAGCAAGGCGCAUUCAUAGGCAUGGUACCCUCAGUUAAUUUACACACACGAUAGCAGGCCCAAUUCCUUGACCCCUGCUCUGUGACCGCUGGAAAUAAAUAAAAUCAUACCAGCAAAUAGCAGAAGAGAGCUGGAGAGUCCUUGUGGCUUGUGAGGGGACCCUCCCCAAAGCCUGAAGAGGAUGUCAAUGAGGGCAGAGGAAGCCCUGAAGAGACCUGAGGUACAGCAGGGCUUUGUUUAGGCUGCUCAGCUUCCCCACUUAAUAGCUGACGUGGGGUAGCGCAGCAGCAGCAGCAGCAGCUGCUUCUGUUUUCUUGCGCAUCCUCAGUCCAGCCCCAGAGCUUUAAUUCUAGAUAUUUUGGUCUGGAUUGGAGAAAGAGCAGUAGACCAGGGGGAAAUAGGCAUUUAGAAGCUUUUUAGACAGGGGGACGCCUGUACUAUGCUUAACAUAGGUGUUAAUCCCACACUAGUUAGCUGCUCCUAUGCUCAAAAUUUUGCAAGAUGGACCCACAGAGCCUGACCUGCCACCCUAGAGGCCACCACCAGUGUCAUGCACUUGAUUCCUGCAGUGGCUGCAACGUCGCUAGUCUUGGUCACCGUGCUUCUUUAUAAUAAUCUGCAUGAGCAUAUGUUGAUUUAAAACAGAGUCUGUCGUGCCCAGCGGAAGGAUGAGGAGUACGUGCUACAUUCUCUAUAUUGCUUUAUUUACAGUUCAAAGCUGGUAUAUUACAGAAAGACAUCUUGCCUCUGCCGGAGCAGAGAAAUGCAUCCACUCUCCUCAACAGCUCGGAGAGAAUCACACAGUGAAAAAACAGGAAACCAGUGUACGUCACAUCCAGUCUCCCUUUCCCGUGAGAAACUCCAACAGUACAGACUGUGGAAUGUAAACACCUGUCUCGUGACAAGCAGAGCUGCACAGUGAAGGAAAGCAGAAACCAACAUCCUCCCCUUUCUGUGAACAUCACUGGGCAGCGUGUUUGUACAAUAUCAGUACAAACCCAACUUCUGCACAUAGGUACAGUGUUGAUCCUCGAUACAAUCUUGGACAAUACAUCAGCAGGAAUUUCAUUACCUGGCAUAUAGGACACCGUUACGAGUCCCUUCUGAAUACAUUCCCUAGCAUGCUGCAACUUUAAUUGCAAGUGCUUUGUGCUUUGCUUACAACCUUCAGACUUCAGCAAAGCCAAACAUGCUUUGUUGUCCUGGUAAACCUGGAUUGGACAUUUGACAGGAAUUUUCAUAUCUUUGCACAAUUGUACUAACCAUUCACAAUCUUUAAGUGAAUAAGACAGUGCAUUCAGUUCAGCUUCACAAGUACUUAAGCUAACUGUUGUUUGCUUCUUGCAUGACCAAUCAAACAGACUCUGAUUGUACAUGUAGCAAACUCCAGACGUACUUUUCCUGUCUGUAGCGUCACUUCCAAAACUUGCAUCUGCAAAUAUCUCAAGACCACCAGACUUCUGAUUGUUAAAUCUCAGUCUGUAAUGCAUAGUGCCUUUCAAAUACCGCGCUAUGCGUUUCAGAGCUUUCAAUCCUUGACACUAGGAUUGUUGACUUGUCUGCUUAGCAAAUUACAGCUAACAGCAAUGUCUGGUCUUGAACAUCUGGCAAUGAAGUUUAGCUUGCCUAGCACACUCCUGUACAGUGUAGUGUCAGAAAAUGCUUCUUCAGUGUCAUCUACCUGAUAACCUGUUGUCAUCGGUGUGUCUACAGGGUUAGCAUCCAUCAGAUUUAGUUUGCUUAACACAUCAGCAAUUUUCCGUGACUGGUGUACUAGAAUGUUACCAUCUUGAUCUCUCUCUAUUUCCAGAGAUAGGUAGUUGUUUACCUCACCAAGAUCUUUCAUGUCAAAGUGCUCUUUCAGUUGAGCUAGGGCGCUAUUGUACAUUGCAACAUCUUUCCAAAAGAAUAAUAAAUCAUCAACAUAAAACAAACAGUACAGUUUCUUUUGCCCCUCCUCUUUGACAAAUACACAUGGAUCAGCUUUCCCUUGCUGAAAACCUAGAAAACAAUACUUCAGUGAGUUUUGUGUGCCAACACCGUGCACUUUGUUUGAGACCAUAAAGGGAUUUCUUCAGAGCACAAACAAAUCCCUGUUUUACCUGUACGCCAUCAGGUGGAAGCAUAUAAAGUGAUUCAUCUAGAGAUCCGUACAGAAAAGCUGUAUUAAUAUCAUGGUGACUAAUGUGUAGAUUUUCCUCUGCAGCUAGCUUGAGCAUAAGCCUAAUGCUUUCAUAUCUCACUGUGGGUGAAUAGGUCUCGUGAUAGUCUUCACCUGGUACCUGUGCAAAACCUCUGGCUACCAAUCUGGCUUUGUGUCUGACUAUCUUGCCAUUUUGAUCUGUCUUCGCUUUGAAGACCCAUUUGCUUCAAGCAGUUUCAUUCCUGGAACUACUGGAACUAGCUCCCAUGUUUUGUUCCUUUCUAAGGAAUCAAGCUCAGCCUUCAUGGCAUUUAACCAUGGCUCAGCUUCCUUUGAAUCCAAACCCUGGAUUUCUUGGAAACUUGAAGGUUCAAAUACCUUCUUGGAGCUUUUAACAGCUGUUACUGCUAUCUUAGCAAACUCAUCAGCAAAUCUCUUUGGAGGUUUGCCUUUUGUGGCUCUCUGUGACCUACGAAUUAGCCUUAAGUCUUCAACACUCUCCUCUUCCUUCUUAGGAGAAAAACGACCUAUUGUGAACAAUGGUUCCUCCAAUUCUUGAUCAGAGCUUUCAGAGGGUCGCAUAGAGGCUUUCGCACUCUCGAAAUCCUCUGAAUCACCCGAUUCAGUUUCAGAUUCAGACUCAGAACCUUCAUCAGUGGGUGUGGGUUGUUGUGGUUGCUUUUGACUAUCCUCAGUCUCAUCACCGUCAUCAGGAUAACAUUGGAAAAUUCCCACAGUCUCCCCCCCACUUUGCAUUGUACUCAACACUUCUCGUGAGCGUAAUUGUCUUAGAGUCAGUCAUCAUUAUUCUGUAAGACCCUUUCUGAUAACCUAGAAAGAUACCAUGCAAUCCACGCUUGUCUAACUUGGAGUUUUGUGGUGAGCGAACCCACAUGUCAGAACCAAAAAUCUUCAUGUGUUUGAUGUAUGGCUUCUUGCCAAACAUCUUCUCAUAGAAGUACAACCAAUCGCUGAAGAUAACCUGCGAUUGUAACUGUAAACAAAACACGAGAGAGAUUCGGCCCAAUAACUCUCUGGAAGAUUGGCAUCAUGCAGCAAGGUUUUUAACCCUUGAAGCAAUGUCUGAUUUGCCCGUUCCAUAAGUCCAUUCUGCCAUGGCGAGCGAGGACUAGACAAAUCGUGUUGAAUUCCUUUCUCAGUCAGAAAAGCUUCAAACUGCUGAGAAGUGAAUUCCCCCGCGAUCACUGAAAAGAGUCUUUAUCUUCUUACCAUGCACAUUUUCCAACCAAGCACAGAAUUCCUUGAACCUAGGAAAAGCCUCCGAUUUCUGCUUGAGAUUGUACACAAAAAUAUAUCUAGAAAAUGCAUCAAUGAGAACCAUGAAGUAUCUAUUUCCACCCAAAGAGGGCGCUAGUGGUCCAACCAAAUCAGCAUGAACAACCUGGUAUGGUUCUGUAGCUUUCCUACUAGACACCUUACCUUUCGCAGCCAUUUUCACCUUGUUUGCUGCGCAUGCUUUGCACUUCAUGUGGUACCUGCAGGGUUUAAUAGUCAUACCUUCAACCAAGGCAGGCAUUUUAGAUACUGCCUCAAAAUGCAAAUGACCAAAUUUUCGAUGAAAAUCGUGAAUACAUUCUGCAUGCAAACUUUUGUUAGAACCUGCAAUGCAACAAGUGUCAUCCUGCACCACAUCAUCAUAAUACAAAACAAACAAAUGAUCAACAUAUUCUGCAUGCAAUACAUAAUCAUUUUUCUUUGUGAUGAUGCACUUCUUGUUCUUGAAGGAAACGUCAAUGUUCCGCUCAUUCAGCUGUCCAACGCUGAGCAGAUUAUGUUUGGCGUCUGGCACGUAAAGCACAUUCUGUAUCGAUAAGUCCAAACUGUGAAGAACAACAGUUCCGUAGCCUUUACUGGGAAUAGUGUGGUCAUCCGCCUGGUGAAUCGCACCUUCCUGCGGUGUAAAAGACACAAACAGUUUCUUAUCGUUGCACAUGUGGUGGGUGGCCGCUGAAUCAACAACGAAGAAAGAUCUAGACGUCUUCUGGACCUCUGCAACCUUUGGAGUGAAGCGUGAAACCAUAGCCUUGUGCUGCGUUGUCCUAGACACCGGACCUUUGCCUUUGCCUCGGCCUUUUCCGCGCGAUGAGCUUUCGCUGCGCUGCUCUGUCUUGGCCCUGGGAUGUCUGCAUUCCCUCUUCAUAUGGCCUAGACGUCCACACGAGUAGCAUUUCACUGCCUUCAAAGCUUUGGCGCCAUCUGGUGGUUCCACUGCACUAUGGGAUGACGUCUGUGAAGACUCCCCUUGCCCAUGCAGCUAGCACCCGGCGAUCUGCUUCAUUUAAAAUCACGGCAGUAAUAAAGUCCACUGUCAGCUGAGCAGUUGGUUGCACAGCAAUCUGGGUUGCAACAGACUCCCAACCUGAACCCAAAGAUUGUAGUAUCAUGAAAGAAUACACAGCCUCUGGAAAGUUGAGUCCUCUCUGUUGCAGCUCAUGUCUCAGAUUUUGCAUCUCCAUCAGAUGUAAACGCACAUCUCCACCUUCAGCAAGAGCCAUAUUAUGCAGCUUGUUAAAGUAAAACAUAGUGGAUCCAGCUUCUGUCCUUAAGUGAGCCUCUCUCAAAGCGUCCCAAAUUUCUCUGGCUGAGGUCUUAUCACGCAAUAGACAGAGCUCUUCUGGGGAUACUAUCAAUGUAAGAGUUCCCCUUGCUUUGGAAUCCUUAGCUUCCCAUGCAUCUGUAACUGGAACUGGGGGUUUCUGUAAUCACCUCAAACAAACCCUCUUUCCGCAGAAUUGCCUCUGCAUACUGAACCCAGUCGCUGUAAUUUUUCUUGUUGAGCUUAGGAAUCCCACAAGCAUCCUGAAGGGCCAUCAUGACUCUGGCAUUAGCCUUCAGCGUCAUAUAUAUGCUGCUUUAAAUCUUGCUGCGUCACUGCUGCAGCUGCCUUAUUACAAAGGCACACUUAAAAGUUACUUUCGAUUUCCCCAGCAUAGUGACUUGUGCCUGGGAGCCUUUUGCCUAUUCCCGGCAAAACCGGCUUUAAAAGUUCAAAGUCCAGCCAUAAAGCCAUUAACUUGAAGCUGGCAGGCUGCCCGGAGCAGUAGCACAUACCUCAUCAAUCACUUCUACGCGCAGAGCAGAUUCCUUUCCGAUCCGUCCCUCUGCAUUCCGAUCCUUUGCCGGCACUCCGAUUCGACCUCUGGAGCCCAUAACCACGUGUUGAUUUAAAACAGAGUCUGUCGUGCCCAGCGGAAGGAUGAGGAGUACGUGCUACAUACUCUAUAUUGCUUUAUUUACAGUUCAAAGCUGGUAUAUUACAGAAAGACAUCUUGCCUCUGCCGGAGCAGAGAAAUGCAUCCACUCUCCUCAACAGCUCGGAGAGAAUCACACAGUGAAAAACAGGAAACCAGUGUACGUCACAUCCAGUCUCCCUUUCCCGUGAGAAACUCCAACAGUACAGACUGUGGAAUGUAAACACCUGUCUCGUGACAAGCAGAGCUGCACAGUGAAGGAAAGCAGAAACCAACAGCAUAUUGGUGAGAUUGUGUGGGGCUGCUGGAAAAAGGAUAAUGCUGAGGCCAACAGCAGCCACAGCAAGCGGCAAAGAAAAAGGGAAUUACAAUUGGGCAGAAGAACUUGGUGGACCUGAAAUGACUGAUAGGCUCCUUUUUUUUUUUUAAAGAAAAUGACUCUAAAGUUGGGGUCCCAAACAUGGCACUCAUUAGCAUCAUGGUUCCUUGGAUUUAAUUGUUGUUUUUGCUUUUUGUUUUAAAUGGUGCUUUGGACAGUUGCCUUUUUUGCAGGGGUGGGGGUGAGGGAGGUUGCUUUUGGGGGGUAUAGGUGUUUUGCCUGGUUUUGGUGGAGGAGGGAUUCAGGUACCUACAACAGUUUCUUAGAUUCUCAAGUGUGCCCCUGGGCCCCCCAAAUUUGGGGCCUUGUUUUGGGAUCUCUACUCUGUUGUGUUGUUCAUGGUAUGGGCAAUGGCAGAACCCUUUGGAGGUCUUUAAAGGGAGAACAAAUACAACGUCUCCAAAAUGUGGCAGACAGGAUUCUGCCUUGGUAAGUAACUUUCCUCUCUCUUUUUCUCUCUCUUCCUUCACGCUCCCUUUUCUGCUUUGCUGCCUGUCCUUAGGGGGGCACAGAGAUAUCAGCAUUAUAAUAGAAGAUCCUGUUGCAGGUUUGGGAGCCAGCACAUUGCAAACCCCUUCAUCAGCAUCUUCUGCACUGACUGCAAGGUCUUUGUAAAAUAGAAGCCCUCUGGUGUCAACCUCAAGAAGCCUCCAACAACUGGAGCAUUUUGAUUUGUAACAUUUCUUUUCACCCCAUAAUGAAGGUUCUCUGGGCGACAAAAGAGUUGUUUUUUUAAACUAUUCUUGUUGGCCCAUUGUUGGUUACUGGGCUUUCUUCUGCAAGGUGAGCAAGCUCAGAGGUCUACCUGCCUAGUUUUUAAGGUGUGGUGGGAAGGAGAUUCAUUCCUGGUGGCUUUUGGCCUGAAUUCAGGGCACUAUGUACAUACGGGCCUUCCUUACUUGAAGCUACUCGGUGCUACUCAAUGUGUGGGUUCUUCUGAAAGGGUCUUGGGGGAGUGUUUUGUGUCCUGCAGAGUUUGCAGUUAACCAUUUUGACCCAAGAAGCCACCAUUGCUCAGUUUUUUGGCAUGCUCUGAGAUGUCCAAGUGCAAAGAUCAUGGCUUUCCUCUUCUUGGUGCAACCCAUAUGGCAAAGCUUUUUGAUAAAGAGAUUUUGGUCUGCGUGCAGAGCUUUGUCAAAAUUGGUUAUGAUGCCAAAAGUGUCAAUUUAUAGAGUGGUUCUACCCAGUCUAAACAGCUCUGCAAGGACUGCCUCAUUUGUUGUAUUUUUCCUAGAUGAGGAAGACUUCCCUGUAGCUUAUAUUGGACAGUGAUAUUUCACAUUGCAUAGCUGUCACAUGCGGGUUCUGCAUUGCUUCCUACAUGGAAGUGCAUUUCAUAUUGGGGGCGGGGCGGGCAGGAAUAUAACCUAUGAAGUGGCUCUAAAUUGGGCCUGACCUUCUGAGCUAUUGAAGUUGACACCAGUGUCUCCUUUGCCUUGUUCAACCCUCUCCUUUGCCAUUGCAUGUUCUGGAUGUACACGCUCUCAAAUGUUGAUUUCCCUCCAUCACCUUCUUUCCAUGCCAUUAUCAGCUGGGAUAAAGCACUAAAACCAGCUGCCGUCCUGUUCAGCCUUCGCUGCCCCUGGAACUUCAGUUGUUCGGGGAGGUCAAGCCCACGCUCUGGCCCAAGUGAUGCAAGCCUUUCCCUAUAGUAGCUGUUUCUCAGAGGUUGCCUUGUUCCUAAACUUGAAAUCUAGGUCAGGACAGACUUCUGUGUGUGGUCAGGAAGCUGGAGAACGGCCACUGUGGACAAGGCCUUGUGACCUGGUCCAGAGUUUCAGCAGUGACUUCAUAGGAAUGUUUCAAGAAGGGAUAACCACCAUAGUAUGCAUGUAAGUUGAUUUUAUAGUGGUGCAACAGUCUAAGAAACAAGGAUAGUUACGUUAAAAACCCCCCCAAAACUGAAUUAUCCAGGUGAAAUGUAACUGAUGGUCACACUUCUCUUUCUGUAUUGGCAUAACCCUCCUCCUCAAUGCCAAGGCUAGAUAAAAAGAUCUUGAGCUUUUGAGCUGUGCUUUGCCUUUGAGUCUCAAAGGGUAGCAAGAGGCGGGAGUUACUGGUAGGCACUGGUGAUCCCCAGGAACAUUUAGUUUCAGAAAUGGUAACGUGACGUGGCCAUGUGGGUGAAGGUGGUCCCUGGUAUGUUGAGCCCAAACCAUUCGGCACUUUAUAGAUGUAAAACAGCAUAGUUUAAUUGUGUGCCAAAGGUUCAGUGCAUAUUUUGGAGCGGCCUUCAUAGUAAGUAGCUGAAGCUUCUGGAGAAUCAUCAAGCCAAGCUUUUCAACAGAGUGCUUUACGGUGGUCUCAUAGGAAAGCUUUUAUUAUGGCACUCAAUAGACAAAAACUUGCCUAUGUUUGCCUAGGGACGGGAUGGGGAACCUGUCAGGUGCUGCUGAACACUCAACAUCCCUAAUCAUGGAUCAGGCUAUAAGAGGCUGAUGGAAGCUGGUCUCCUAUACUGGACGGCCACAAGUUAAAUUGGAAUACUGAACCUGACUCUCUCUAAGAUCCAAUCCUGACAUCUAUUGGCACCAGUUGUGAAGGCAGAUCUAGACUAGCUUGUUAGAAUACCCCCCUGCUUGAAAACAUGCAUGAUUUCUGCUCCUGUCCAUGAAAGUUCACCCCACAGCCUGCCUGCCUUCAAUGGUUCCUUCUGGGCUCCUGUUUGCCCAAAUGUUCCCGCACCUUCCAUCUUGUUGACUUUAUUUUUUUCAUAUAUUUCACGAUGUAUCACUUUGUCCCAUUCAAUUCUGUUCAUGCCCCGCCCUGUGGCUCGUUCUGAUCAUGGCGAUUGACUCCAUCUUUCUUUAUAUUAUCCCUAGAGUCCAGUGGAGUCAUUUCCGGGUUCCAAGGCAGCAUGUCCUGCUCAAUGCAGAGCAGCCAGAUGAGCACCCCUGGAUCUGUUUACAUGGAAUACGGUGAGCAAUGUAGGGCUUUUGUUGGGGUUUUUUUUGCCUGUUUCUCAGCUCUCCUUUGGAGUUGGGCAUCAGCAUGGUGUGUGAGCCUUUUCCAGUUUUUGAUGCAGGUUUUUGCUAAGAGCUGUGCCCCUCCAGCUUCAAAUGGCCUUCAGCAGGGGUAGCCAAUGUGGUGCACCCCCCAUUUGUCAUUAGACUACAACUCCCAUCACCCCUGGCCAUAUGCCAUGCUGGCUGGAGCUGAUGGAAGUUGGAGUCCAACAAAAUCUGGAAGGUACCAUAUUGGCUACCCAAGGCCUAUUGACGACAGAGAAGCAGGAGCUAGAGCCAGCACAGACCUUGCGAGGUUUUCCAAAUGACUUUGCAUCUUCCACCGUUCCCAAAGGAUUCUGACUGUCCUAGUCCUGCGUGAGCCACCCCUUGACAAAGUUCAUAGGAAUGGAACAGUAAUUUUCCUUUAACUUUUCUUUCUCCAUCAGAUACCGGGCAGUAUCUAAGCUCUGGGGAAGGGAUGUUCCGGAGGCCCUCAGAAGGCCAGUCCCUGAUAAGUUACUUGUCAGAGCAAGAUUUUGGCAGCUGUGCAGACUUGGAAAAGGUAGGCAAUAGGAGAAGUGAAAUGUGAGAUUAGCAGGGAGCUUGCAUGAAAUAGUGAGAGAAAAACACAGAGAGCAGUGACUCCCAGGUUAUAUGGCCAGUGCCUGGGCGGGUGUGUAGCUGCCUGGGAACCAUAUAUAUGCUUGGGGUCUCUUGCUUGUCUAAGAUGACAGGAAUGUCUUUGGCACUCAAUUAUUUCAGGCAGUAUCAAUUCCUUACACCUCAUAAGAUUCCUGAUAGGGUGAGGAAGGGCUGCAGACCAUCUUGGUCAUCUGAUCCCCAAGGCCUUUCUAUUCCUGUUAGGUCGAUAAGCUGGCUGAAGUCCAGCAGUAUUGAAAUGUAAGCUGGAGAGAGGAUAGUGAUCACUUUCUUUGUGGUCCAAAGUAUCUAUUUAUGUGAUACAGACAAUUAAGGGAAGGGCUGACAGUAAAAUAAUCAACACUAGCCCCCAAGUUAGCAGUGUUUUAAACAUGUCCUCUUUUUAAGGAUCCUCGUGAAAAAUAAUUCUCAGAGUUUAAUGUCGGGAAUAAUUUUAUUUCUGUUGGUUUAUUUUCUGAGAACUAUGUGAUCUGUGUGUUUCCUUAUUUGCAUAGGCUGACAGGAAACUUAACUUUGUGGCUCACUUUUAAAUGUUCCAUUUGUUUUUGUUAUGACUUUGAGCUAAACAGUAAAUUAUUACUAAUGCGGUUGAUAGACAAGUUCUGGCCGUGGCAAUUUUUUUUAAUGCAACAUUUAAAAACUCGCUCCCCCAACCAUACAUAAGCACUAGAAAAAUAUUUGGGGGUGGGUUGGUGGAAAUGAAGCAAGCCAAAGAUUUCUGUGCACGUCCAUAUUCUACAACAGUGUAGAUUUUGCACAGGGCUGCCAAAGUUUUUGGUUUUGGUUUUUUUACCGGGCUUGAGUAUUGAAAGAUAUUUAGACUGUCAUGCUACCUGUCCCCCACGCAAACCCAUUGUCUCUUUCUCUGGAGAACUCCCUCCUUUUGAGACUUGUGGAAAACUUAACUCUGCUUCUCCUCUUUCCUUCACCCCAGGAAAAUGCUCACUUCAGCAUCUGCGAGUCGCUCAUUGCUGCCAUUGAGCUGAUGAAGUGCAACAUGACGAACAGGCAGCUGGAAGAGGAGGAGGAGGACAGUGACAAGGAGAUCCAGGAGCUCAAACAGAAAAUCCGCAUCCGCCGACAACAGAUCAGGACGCGGCACCUGCACCCAGCGUACCCGGAGAUCAGCUCAGACAGUGGGUGCUUCCUUCCAGCUCUUCCUUUUGCUGUGUUGAAGGCUUCUUUGGGGAUUUAAGUGACUGUGGAUCCCUGAGGCUAUUUCUGAGGGUGCAGAUCCCGGAUAGUGCCACAGCUUGAUAGCCUCUUGCCAAAGAAACCUUUAUUCUUGUGCCAAUUCAGCAAGAUUAAUGGAUGGCCUUCUGCUUCUUAUCAUGUCAGAGCAUGAAUGAGUUGCAGUGAAGCUUUCCUUCCUGACCCCUGGAAGUGCGGUUCAAUCCGGGUGUUGUUUUUCAGGAUCUAUCCUUGGUAGAAGCUAGCAACGAAAAAGAGAUAGAAAUGAGACUCCUGGGGCGAGGGGGCGCGCGCGACUAAUGUCUAUGUUCCAUACCAAAUUCCACCCUAGUGUAGUGCAGAUUACAGCUUUGUUUGUGUGUGAAAUCUAGAAUCUAGAAAUCUAACUCUCCCCCACUCAGGGCAUCCUUGCUUCCUUCAUCUCCUUUUUAAAGAAGUCAGCAGGGAGGCUCAUGGUAACAGAUUCAUGUGAAUGAGGACGAAAGGAGGCAGUCUGAUAAGAUGGAAAAGGCUUUAUGUGCAUUUCAGGCAGAAAAAGAAACUUUUUUUCUCUGGGACUUACUCAGAAGGGACUGGUCAAUCCAAGCAGGCAAAAAGACCUAUACAUGGACCAUGCUGAUCUCAUACUCUGCAGGUUUAACCCUACACUCUUCUCAGCUGGCACUUAAGUUGAGCUCUGUCCUGUUGCAAUAGAAAUAAACAUUGGGUCCCUCCUGGAUGCUGGACUUGAAAAUAGUUUCCUUAGUUCUGUGGUUUAUUUAAAAGGUGGUUUCGCACUUGGGUAACAAACAAAGUGGUGUAGAAGUGAAUUCCUACCACAUGUGUAUCCUGGAUUACCCCAAGAUGGAGCUGUUUUGGAUGAUGAUGAUAAUGAUAAUGAUAAUGAUAAUGAUAAUGAUAAUGAUAAUGAUAAUGAUAAUAUAUUAUUUAUACCCCACCCAUCUGGCUGAGAUUCUCCAGCCACUCUGGGCGGCUUCCAAUCGAGUGUUAAAAACAAUGCAGCAUAAAAUAUAAAAAACUUCCCUAAACAGGGCUGCCUUCAGAUGUCGUUUAAAGAGAAGAUAGCUGCUUAUUUCCUUCACAUAUGAAGGGAGGGAGUUCCACAGGGCGGGCGCCACUACCGAGAAGGCCCUCUGUCUGGUUCCCUGUAACCUCACUUCUUGCAAUGAGGGAACCGCCAGAAGGCCCUGGAUCUCAGUGUCCGGGCUGAACAAUGGGGGUGGAGACACUCCUUCAGGUAUACAGGACCGAGAUAUACAGGAUCCAAACCAAUAGAGCUUAUGCGGUUGUCUAAGGGUGUGUGUGUAUUUAGUUUGGCUUAUUGUCUUGAGGGCUGCCUGAUUAUUAGGAUGUGUAUCAAUUGUGAAAUGGGCAAGUGUCUAAUCAUUUGCAUACUUCAUUAACAUGCAAGUAUUUAUUAAAAAGAUGGCCCUAAGUUUUUGUGCUUCUGAUUUAUCUGUAUUUAUAGUCUCAGCAUAAGAGGUUCUGUGAAUUAUCUGAGAGUCCCUAGUUAUCCACAGGCACUUCCUUUCCCCUUGUUUCAUCACUGGGUUAAACUUUUGAUCAUGCAAAACUCAUCAAUGAGGUGACUUGAGUGAAGAGCGAGAACUUUCUCCUGCAACUUCUAUGAUUCCUUUUUAAAACACCUAAACCUUUACUGAGCAUUGUGCACAGAUUUUAAAAGAAGGCAGUCCUUGCCCACAGGAACUAAUAGACAUGGUACAAGAGGCGAAAGGGAUGGAGAAGGAAAUAAGUGAAGUCAUGUGCUGCUUCUUAUUGUGCUUACAAUUGCCAGCUUGAAUUAAUGUACUGGCCGAGGGUGAUGGGAACUGUAGUCCAUAGCAUGGAGGGUGCCAGGCUGGCCAAGGCUGAACCAGACAGAUUCUGACGUGCACUGCAGUCUUUCUUUUUCUACCACUGUUCUCCCAGGUCUUAUGGCAACAGACAGUGGAUCCCACUUCAGCUCCCGGGACUCAACACACUUGUCUGACUCAGGUUCAGCAGAAGAGGUUGACGAGUAUGAGAUUAGAGGUAAGAUGUAAUUGGUAUAAUGAGCCUCAUGCAUACGAAGCUCCCUUAUACUGGGACAGUUGGUCCAUCUGACCCAAGAUUGUUUGCCCAGGUUGACAGUAGCUUUCCAAGGUCCUUGGCAAAAGUGCUUCCAGGCACAAGUCCGCCAUCCUUUUUAACUGCAGAUUUCAGGGACCGAACCUGGGACCUUCUCAGCAGGACUCUGUGUGCGACUCUGAAGACAAUAGUCUUUGCCUGCAUUGUCCAGCUCUUAAAAUGGGAGUGACAAGUUCUCUAGUAUCAGAACAGUAGGCACAACAGGAAUGGAAAAGCACAGACUUGGGAGGAUAAUCAUGAUUAUCAUUUGCUAGUCUGUAGGCUUGACAGUGUCCUUGCUGAUCGGUCCUUCCAGUGAAGAUGCAAAUUUGAAGGCUGUUACAAUGGGAGGAGGCUUGCCCAUGCUUCCUUAUUCCAACAUGAAGCUUACUGUUUGAAUCUUCUCCAAAGGCCUGUUCACAUGGCAGAAUCGGACCGGCUUUUGAAAGGAAAGAUCAGUUCUGAAUUUUAAAAAUGGGAAGGAGGAGGAGGUACUUGCACUUGGAACAGCCAAAGCUAGUUGUGCAGAAUGCAGGAUCAGUCCCAGUGCACAUAUUACCAGGGCUGGAGACCACAGUGUGUAUAGUUUGGCCAUUAGGGAAGUGAGGCAAUCCUUAUUCUGCCUGUACAUGAUUACCCUGCUCCUCCCAAAGAAGAGCAUGGCAGAGAAACCAGCGCAGCAAACAGUCUUACAAAAGUAGACUAGAGUCGCCUGGGUGAUGCUCCCUAACCCCUGUGGAAGCUUCCUAAUCAAGUUUGUUCCCUGUCAAACUUUUUAAGAGAGAUCGGAGAAACAAAAGUAAAUAUUCUACCUUUUUUUUGGCAUCGGCCACGAAACACUGCUGGUUUGAAACUUGGAAACUCACUUUGAAGCAAGGAAUAGCUAAGCAGCCAAGACUCGGAGGAGCAGUUGUGCGGGUGGCCUGGCUGUGCUUGGAAUACUGUGUGUUGGGGAGAGGGAGGAGGGGAAAGGAUCAAGAGCUCAGAGUUGGUGGGAUCUUCUGAACCCCAUAAUUCAGUGGUUUUCAAACUCUAUCCUGUGGAAUUCUGGGACUCCCAGAAGCCUCUCAGAGGCUCCCCAAUGAAUUCAGCUUGCACCUGCAAGGAGGCGGUGUCAAUUGCAUUAUCAGCUGCAUUUUGGAUUACAGUGGGGGCCUGGCCAGUACCCUAUGUGUGUGUGCGCGCGCACGGCUAUGCUCCAGAAUAAUUUGUGAUGUGCAAGGGUUACUUGGCAGACAAAUUUGACAUGGAAAGAAUUCCCUCAGGGUAGAAAAUCUGAAAGCCACUGGUCUGGUUUGAAGGGCCCUGUGCUAUUGGGAGUCUCUCCUAUCUUUGCUCUGGUUGUGCUUACACCCUCUCCCCCCCCCCCUUCUUCUGCUGACAUGCAAUAUUUUGUCAUCACCGUAUCAUGCAGAUGGUAACGAUGGAUCUAACCUGACUCAAAUAUCCAAGAAUGGCCUGUCUGUCUCAAUGGCUUCCUUAUUUUCAGGUAGUAACCUCGCUCUGCGUGUCGGUCGGUCUGUGUCACGUGGGCACAACUAGUUAGAUCGCCCUUGGGGUGUAUUGCAUGUCAUGCCUUAGGUGCUUACCUGUAGUGUUUGCGUGUUAUAGAAUUCCCUCCACCUUUUGGUGCUGAGAAUAUAAACAGAGGUGAGAGCAAAACAAAGCAAAAACCGUAUGGGCCAAAGUCUGGUCUAAACCAGGCGGUUUUGACAAAGCAGCAAAAAUCUAUCAGUUGUACAACAUACAUGGCCCCACUGUGGGAGGGACAUUUCUGUUACAAUCUAUCUGGGACUUCCUGAUCCCUUUCUUUUGCAGUCCACUGACGGCUACAAAAGCAGGGAUAUCAAAUGCAAACUGUCAUAUUUUGACUGGCAUAGUGACCAGUUUGAACUGCGUUCUCUCUCUCUCUCUCUCUCUCUCUCUCACACACACACACACACACACACACACACACACGCUUGAGUAAGUCUCUCUACUAACACCUCGUAACUAAUUUCCCUGUGUGUGUGUUUCUUCGGGUGAGCUAAACAGCUAGCAGCCACUUCCCUGCAUGGCUUAUAAGCUUUCCACCUUACCCCACGGUAGUCUUGUUCACUUCCUAUGGUUCUCGCUCUCUUAGCUGCUUGCUGGUGUUGAUAGAAGGAUUAGACCAGUGUGAGCAACUGUGGCUAGCAAAACUUUUGAGGACCUUUUAAGAAUUGGCAGACCAGGUCAGAUUGAUGGCCUUUCUGCCAAUGGAGGACAACUAGGUGCCCUGUGGAAGUUUACAAGCAGGGCCUGAUGUGAUCUUCCACAUCAUAGAUAAAUAGCCCACAAUAUCUAGCAGUCUGUAACUCCUCCUCUCUGAAAUGGGGGUCAUCAAUAGCCACUGGGCAACUAAUCUGCCAUUUAGUUAUAUAGAGUGUAGUUGCUUUUUAAAGCCAUUUGUUAUAACAGCCCCCCACAGAAUUCUGGCAAAAUGGGGUGGUAGAUGAUGUUAGGUGAGGGAAUAUGUGGCUUAAACUGGGGAGCAACCUACUCAUUUUCUGAUGGGAGAACCACCUAUCAAGCCAUGCCUUGGGAGCAGCAAUACUUGGGUGAACAAAGCAUCUCUUCCCUCCUGGUAUGUGCCAACAUGCUCAGGAACUGAGGCCACCUUGGAGGUCUCUGUAGCCGUCUCUCUUCCUAAUGGGAAGGAUGCCUCAUGUUUCCAGCAGGCACAAAUUGGGGUGUAGAGGAUCAGAUAAAAUUGGGUUAGAUGCCAGAUGUGGCUUGUGUUUACUUUAGUCUUAGAAACCUCGAAUGCAGGCUCUGACACCCUUCUUGAGGCGCUCUCUGUGGAUGGUGCAGAAAGUGGGCAGACUUUGAGGUGGUCCAUUGUGAGAAGGCCUCGGCCCAUAGGCGAAUUUGCCCAUCUCUGCUGUAGAUCAGUUCCUUGUUGUAAAGUUGUGAUAUGUGUUAAUCCAUCCAGAAUCUUUGCCAUGUCUAACCUUCCCCCGCUUCAUUUGUGCUGUGAUUUAGAUGCAGACAUCAAGAGGAGUGCAGCUCCCAGCAAGAAGUCCUUCCCCUCCUCAGGCUCCAUGUAUGUAUCUCUGAUGUAGCAUAAGAACACCAUGAUGGCUCAUUCCUCCCCCGGCUCCAUUUCAUUUGGGGUGAAACACUGGGAAGAUUUAGGCUGAAAGGUUGAAGAAGGGACAAUUGGGGGACAAAUUUAAGAAAGGUCUAAACAGGCUUCUUCUCUCAGUAAUAUAUCUGAAGGGUGUUGGUGGUCCAAAUGUAAGUAGGAUCUCGGCUGUUUGGGAGCCAUUUCUGGUAGUAUCAGGGCCAAGAAAUGACAAGGAUUUAAAGCUCUGCAUCUGGGUUGGCUUCCCAGUGUGAAGGAAUGGGUGAGGACCAGAUUGCAGGUCGCUGAGGUUCUGGCUAGGCUGAGUCUCGCGGAUGGUGGCAGCAUACUGCCUCCAGGGGCAGGUUCCAAGUAGAUAAAAGCAACUAGGUUCGAGCCAGAAAUGGUGGUUUAUUGCUUCUAUGCCAAGAGAGGUGUCAAAGGUGUCAGCUUGGGUCUUCAGUGGAGACUAACCAAGAGGCUGCUUCCACAGGCAGAGGCACGACUGAUAGGAGCAUCUGUUUUAGCUCCUCCAACUGGCCGUGUCUAUAUUUUGGUUGGGACGGGCAGAAAUAACAAAUGAGGGCUAGAUGUGAGAAAGUGCAGUAAAGUGUCCUUAGGACACUUUUAAGUGAGGCAGAAACAGGGGGAGCCAGAUCUUCACUCUGCAGACGUUGCUGGAUGACAAUUCCCACUGCUCCUGGGCCAGUUGGGCAUGCUGACUGGGGCUGAAGGGAUUGGGGAGUUGAGCAAUUUCUGGAGGGCCACGGGUUUCCUGUCCCUGCAGUAAGAGACGAAGAGUGAGGAAUUAAGCACAAGGCUUUGUGGGACCUGUAGGGUUUCAAGAUGAACGUUAAGGGGAUGUACAGGAGAGACCUCCUUUCCUGCCGCUUUGUAUCUGUGCUAAUCUCCGCUGCUUUGGCCCACAGCUUCCACUCUUUCCUCAACUCCAACUCGGCGGAGGCUGUGGCCAUGGGUCUGCUGAAGCAGUUUGAAGGGAUGCAGCUCCCUGCUGCCUCCGAACUGGAAUGGCUUGUGCCGGAGCAAGAUGCCCCGCAGAAGGUAGGGUUCCUGAGUUCAGCACCUGCCAGAACAGCACAGUCAUUUUGUGCUCUGCACCCCCCUUUACCCUCUCUAGCGGUGGUUUAAACUUAGCCACUUUACAGCGGGGGGCAGCAAACACUUAAUGUGCUGGAUGUGGUGGCUUUUAAGCAUGGUCGUAACCACUCUAGAUUAAAAGGGCAAAGGGCAGCAGUCCCAGUACUUCAGGUAGGCUAGGUGAUGUGGCCAGCCCAUCCAGCGGCUCAGGUGGCAAGGGCAACAAGACCUACGUCUGCACAGCACAGUGGGAGAUACUACUGACACUGGGAUUGGUAGGGAGCAGGAACCAACGUGGCCAAGGGACUGAUGGGAGUUGUAGUCCAAAACUUUGGAUGAAGGAGUCUGGGAAUUGGUGUUUUGCCCUUUCUGUCAUGUGCAUUGACCACUGACCAGGGCUGUGGCUGAUAAAAGUGAGCUAUGUGAUCUGUGAAAUUUAGCUGUGGUGUUGGGACAGGUUGCUCCGCACCCAACACAGAGAUAAGAAGCAAAAGAUCAGAUGUUUCAAUAGGAGGAGCGUGGCAAUCUGAAGUGCCUCCAAAAGCUUUCACCAGGCCCACCUCUGUUCCUGCUUCUCUUCCCAGGAGCAGGGAAGACUUGUUCAGGGAGCCACCUUGAUAGAUCAUUUGCUGUUGGUUUUCAGGGCCCGAGACUGUCUCUUAAAAGGCUUCUUAAGCGGCCCAAGUGGUAUAAGAAAAGACAGCUUUGCAAAAAGUUGCUGCUGGUAUGUCCCGAAUGGGAAGUGUGCCCAGGGAGUGUUGUGUUUACUGCGUGCUCUAACAGCCUUUAUGAAUGGCCCAUCUGAAGGGGCCCAGGGUGUAUGAGUGCUGUGGCUGCGCUCUCUGCAUGGAAGGCCUUGGUUUAGAGUGGUUUGUUGUGGCUGCUCAGUAGAAAAUCGGGUUUAUAACCAGGGCUGGCCACACCUGAAGCCAAAAGACUGCAAAUACAAGCCAGCUCAGUGUGACUUGCACCAAUCAGUAGCCACCUAAACGUGUGAGUCCAGGCUGCAUGCCUCGGCCUCCACCCCAGCUGCAUUUUUGCUGACAUUUGACAGCUUCUUGAUUUGCGGGAAGUCAAUGGCCGGAGGAAGAAAGGUGUCUUAGGCAUGCUUACAGUCCUAUAGCACUGGGGCACAGCAGGGCAUUUUGAUGCAGAAUUCAGCACCCUGAGAAUUUUGGUAUGUUUUAAAAGCAAAAAGCCUCUAGCCCUUAAAGCUGCCAUAAGGAACUUGAGUAGACAUGGGCUGUGCUGGUUGAAAUCCCAGAAUCUAAACCAAGGCUGUGCAGGAGUGUGUGGUCAGGGUGUGGAACGUCAGAGCUCUGCAUCGCUCCUUAAGCAAGUUCUGUGUGUUCUUCUAAUUUUGUCUAUUUCAAACCACAGGCUUUGCUUGUAUGUGAGAGCGUGAGGCCUUUUAGGGAGGCAGCAGUCAUGCAGGUCACACAGGGAGGAAUUGCAGCAAGCAUAAUGGCCCUGUUUAUAUACUUCAGUGGGGUGUAAGGGCCCACCCAACGCUGAUACUCUGUGCUGGAGACAGUGAAGCAUUUCAGCACUGCUGGAGGUGACUAACAAGCACCGGUGUGAGCCCCAACUGUGGCUGUUCUCCCAGUCCUUGGUCGCCUUGCAGAUCAGUUCUGCGUUGGCUUUACAAAGGCGCUUCAGUGGUGACCUGCGGUUCUGCUCCGGAGUUGCUCUGCAAGAUGCUGCUUUGUUCCGUUUGCCAUAGUUUUGGGGCUGUUGUUGCUCUCCACCCACUCCCCACUUCACACUCUCAGUUUGACAGUGGGCUCUAUUCACAAGGGAUCACUGAUUGUCGACUUCCUCUUGGUUAAUGGCAAAAGGAAGCUCCUCUUUCAGCAGUCAGGAAUUCCUAAGUGCCCUCUUGUUAAGGUCGUGUGCACUCUGGGAUUACAAAGUUUCACGUGCGUGUGAAAUUUGAAAAGCGAGGGUGGUGGGCAGGGAGGGGACUGCAACGUGAGAUUCUGUACUUGUGCAACAGAAAUAACAUGGAGGACGCAGUCACACGUAGCAGUUUACCACUGGAUUGUGGAAUAGCCACGGGAUUGCUAUAGCAGCACUGACUUAGCAGCAUUGAUUUAGUGCUUAAAUUAUUUCCAGAAGAUUCUGCAGUAACCAGAUCUUGCCUACUUGCUUGUUGGCUAACCAUGGAAGUUCUGUGCCCGGACCCAGGUGCAUGUUUACAUUGUGCGUCUUGUUCUCCUCCUGCAGCUCUUGCCAAUUCCCGAUUCUGUGCCCAUCUCUCCCGACGAUGGGGAACACGCGGACAUCUAUAAACUCCGUAUCCGGGUCCGAGGGAACUUGGAGUGGGCGCCUCCCCGACCACAGAUAAUCUUCAACAUCCAUCCAGCACCAACGUAAGGAGACAGGUGGUUUUCAAGCCUGCAGUGUCCUCUGUCUUUCCCUUCCUCUUUCCAAAUAUGCCCAUUCAUGCCCUUGCUAGAAUCUGCCAACAGCAGCAAGAGGAUUUUUCCCCUCUUCACAAAAACUUAGAAGUUGUCUUUAAGAAUGGAAGCCUUACUCACAAAGGAAGCUGCCUUAUGCUGAGUCAGACUGUUGCACCAUCUACCAGAGGAUGAGAAAGUGGCUGGGAGGUGGCUUUCUCAUGAUUUGCUUGAUGACCAGCCAAAGUACAGUGACUGGUGAAAGUGUCCUCUCCAUGGCCUCUUCCCUAGCUCGUGUCUGGUGGGUGGUGACAUUCUGCAAGCACGGGCCUUUUCUCAGAAAGCUAGUGGUCCUUGUGGUUUAAGAACAGGCUUGGAAACGGACAAGUGUCUUCUGUCCUUUACAAUAACAUUGCAUGCCCAUGUAGAGGGGUUUUUUUAUUGCAUAUUCAAAUGCUGCAUGUUAAAUCCUCAUAACAUUUUCCUUAGCAGCCCACUCCGUGCCCCCCAAGGUAGGAGGUUCAGAUCUAUCUAUCCUCUGUCUGCACACAUACAUAGCACAUGUUUUGUGUGUCUGCAGGAGGAAGGUGGCAGUGGCCAAGCAGAACUAUCGCUGUGCCGGAUGUGGCAUCAGGACAGACCCAGGUGAGUGAUGGAUUUGGCAGAGUUCUUGAGGCCCUGUUUAUGUUAUUUUAUGUUACUUUGUUUUUAAAACUUUGUUUAUAGACAGUUUAAUGUUUUAAAAAUCUCUUAAGCAUCAUACAAGAUUUUCAAAGACCCUAUUUUAAAAAUUAAAAAUACAGUGUAAAACCAAUAAAACAACUAUAUGGGGGAAUAUAAAACAGGAAUUGUAGGAUUCAAAGCAUUGCAUGCAGGGUAUGAACUUACAGGCUGGGGAAAGCCCAGGUGAAAGGUACGUCUUCACAAGACAUCUGAAGCACCUGAUAGCUGCUGUUUCACAUAUGACAGAGGGAAGGGCAUUCCAAAAUAAGAGACAAUAGCAAAAAAUGCUUAUUUUCAGGUCAGCACCCUCGGAUAUUCUGCAGGGUGCAAUGGCAUGUGUAGAAUUUUCCCAGAUGGCCUGAAUUGAUCUUCUAACUGAAUGCAGGGGGAGGCAGUCUUUCACAUAAUAAGAAGUCAUUGGACAUAGCCCAGUAGCUGUUUGGCAACUAGUGCAGUUUCUUCAACACUGCCUGAACCUUCAAAGAUUUUGUCUUAGAAGGUGGUGGGUGGUAUUAAUCUGAUUUGACUGGGUUGUUUGUGUAUUAAUUACUGUUGGCCACUUUGUUCUGAACAGAAAAGCAGAAUAUAACCAACCAACUAAGUAACUGAUGUGGUUCAAAUCAUGAACUGGUAGGGACGAAAUUCACAUUCCAUAUACUUAUGUACACAUGCACUACACUGGGGGUGUUGAAACUGGCACCUUGGGCAGGAUACCUUCCUUUUGUUUUCGGGAUGACUUGUGGAUAGGCUCAGCCCCCGUUCCCCAGGAGGAGUCUGAACACAUUCAUUCAUUCAUUCAUUCAUUCUCUCUCUCUGUCCCCCCAACCCCCGUCCCUUCAGACUACAUCAAGCGCAUGCGCUACUGUGAGUACCUGGGUAAAUACUUCUGCCAGUGUUGCCAUGAAAACGCUCAGAUGCUCAUCCCCAGCCGCAUCCUGCGCAAGUGGGACUUCAGCAAAUAUUGCAUCAGCAAUUUCUCCAAGGACCUGCUAAGCAAGAUCUGGAGCGAUCCCCUCUUCAAUGUACAGGACAUCAACACUGCCCUCUACCGCAAGGUCAAGCCGCUCAACCAAGUCAGGGUAAGGCAGACUGAGUGUGAGAUGCCCCGGAGGCCAUCCCUACCCUGCAAGUGUAGCUUUUAUACCUGCUUUAAGUGUCAGGGCUUCUGCCAAAGCUGUCUCGGGAACUGUAGAUUUGUGAGAAAGCUUGGGGAUUCUGUAACAAAGAACAAGUAGAGCAACAUUCUGUAACCUGGCGGGACUUUAUAGCUUAUGUUUCAAAUGAGGACCUGCAAAGUUCCUUGCCUGCACCUAAGAAAGAAACAUAGUUCUUCUAAAUAAUUUAAUAUGCAUACGUUGAAUUGUAUUUGCCAUUAUUGCCUAAGCAUCUUUUCGCUUUCUGUGCCUGUGUGCAGUGGGAAAGAAUUCUGUUACAUAUCCCUAUUCAGAACCGCAAAUCCCACAGUUCCCUGGGUUCCAAUAUGUGUGGGAGAGGAGCAGAUACAUGCUCUUAGGGUACGUCCCACUCCCCACCACCCUGGAAAUAUUGUUCUACAUGCAGGGGCCAAUUUGCGCGCGCGCACACACACACACACACACACACACACACACACCUUUUUUGAGAGAGAGAAAAUUACUGUUUGAAUCUGAGCCAAGCGUGCAAACCUCCAGGUCCAUCUUUUCCAUUUUUUUGAGCCAAGCCUGCGCCUCUGCCACUCACGUCGACCUUAUGCAUAGAAAUCCUGCCCCAAGCACAUUUGCAGAGGCCCUUCAUUUUCAUUUUAUUUCUUUAAACCUCUGCUCAAAACCUUCCAUUGAUGUCAAUUGCUUUUUUAUAGUAGCUUUUCCCACCCCUAGAAUCGUGUGUGCAGCAACUGUUACUGAGCACAGGAUUCAGCAUCCUCAGAAUCUCAGCGCUUUUUUGUAUUUAUAUAAAGUUUCUAACCCUUAAGGCUGUGCAGAUCACCUUGAAAGUGUGUGGUUGAAGCCUGGUGAAAUCUCAGAGCAACAGAAAGGACAGGAUUUCUGGGGCGUGGAGCUACAGCGCCCUGCAGAAUACUCUGCUCCACCCCAGAACUACAGAAAUGAGUAACCUAAGCCAAAACUGUCAGAUGCAGCGAAUUUGCAUGCCACUUACACAGACUGGCGUUUCUAAAGCAACAAAGCAUACCCAAACCUGCCUGGGGCAGUCCAAUUGUUAUUUCUUCUAGCUUUUGCACCUGGUUGUUGUUUUUUAGUUUCCCUUUUUCAUUUCCCCCUUCCUUUUUAACCAUGCAUCCCACUGGGUUGGGGAAACGCCAAAGUCCCUUUUGAGGCAGGGCCAAGAGCUGGGCCUGGGUUUCUGCUCAACUCCUUGCUGUGACACACAUACCUAAUACUUCUGAAACGAAAGAAGCCUUCCAACCUGAGGUUUUCCCUUCCACUUGGUCUUUUCCAGCUGCUGAGAAUCCAGCUGUACCACAUGAAGAACAUGUUCAAGACCUGCCGCCUAGCAAAAGCGUAAGUGCUGUGGGAUGCAGGCAAAACGACAGAAGCCCAGCAAUGGGGCUGGAGGGGGGGGGCGCAGAAAGGGUAGUGGACUCCUCCCAGUGCACUCCUCCCAGAUAGCUGCAUCUCCUCCUACAGAACGUCUAUAGGACAUGCUCUUAAACCACAAGGAACCUGGGCCGCCACCACCAGCAUAUGAACUUCUGUACCUCACUUUUAGUCUUUCAGGCACCUCCACCCUCCCUUUGUUGAGCAGAAGACGCAUUCUUCUGCUCCUUGCUAACUUCUAGGCCUGGGCUUAAGCAAUAGAAGAUGUCUGUUGCAACUGUCCCCCGACUCCACCUGGUCAGUGGGGCUGUGGGAUCAUUUCCUCUGCUUCUGUGCAUAGGGGUGCGCACUGUGUACCAGUGCCUGCUUGUCACGUGUGAAGAUUGCACAGCUGUCUAUAUUUGCCAGUUGGAAAGCUGCGAGUGGCAGCAGAUUCCCUGCAAGUGUUCAGCUGCCCAAACUGUCAUGCGUGACAUUCACACAAGGGUCUAACUAUGUGAAUGUACACCCCCCCCACACACACACACUGCAUCAGAGAUGCAUAGACCUUGCUGGGUUGUUGGAACGAACCUUAGCAACAACCACUCUGACCUUAGCCACUCUGAGCGGCUCCUGACAAAAUAUUAAAAGCAAUACAACUUGCAGAUGGAAAAUAACCAUUGCAAGGGAAAGGAGCAGUAGGGUAGUGAGAUGAUAGGUGGGAAAUGUGUAGCCUUGAGCUAUUAAAGAGCUCUGCCAGCAGCCUUCACUUGCAUCAGCUGGUCUGGCUGCAAUAUUCGCUAAGUGAGGGCAAGGAGCAUUCAGAACAGAACAAGGCUGCUUUGUCAAGGUGCUGAUUUCUGACUUGGUCCUGCAGGCUCCUGGAUGCCUUUGACGCCGUGCCAGGUCAUUUGACAGAGGACCUCCACCUCUAUUCCUUGAAUGACCUGAGUGCCAUCAAGAAGGGGGAGCUCGUUCCUUGCUUGACAGAGCUCCUCAAGGCAGGUACCCAGCACGUUGAGAAAUGCAUGGUGGGUAACCUUUUUACUUUCCCCCCCUUUCAGCCCCUUCCCGUCCUCCCAAUUUGUAUUGUAUUUGUUUCUCCACUGGGUCAAGUUUCGCACAAAAGCCAUGCAGGGAGACCUGGAUUUUCCCAGGCAGUGCUCUGGCUGCAUGUCUGGGUGCCAGGGAGGCUGAUCUUAACCCUUCCUAGUGAGACAGCUUGAGCUGCAAUCUCUAUGGGAACAUCGGUGGAGGAACUUAGGAUCGCUCUUGCACACAGCGGAGAGGGUAACUUUGGUAGACUUCUUGUAAUAGAGAACCACAUGCACUGCUAAAUUGAAGCUGCAGAACAGUAUGGUGUGGAGGACUGCAAUAGGUAAUGGGGGGGGGUGGCCCAGGAAAAGUCAUUCUCCAUGGCAUUGGAAUUCCCUUCCCACAGAGGUGUGUUAGGCACCUUCGUUCUAUGGUUUCUGUGGCAUUCUGAAGGUGCUCCUCUUUAUCCUAGCUCUUGACACAUGGGAAGUAUUUUCAGGAUCCACCUUGUUCCUGGGACUGGAAUUUGUUUCAGCUGUUGUAAAUACUGAAUUAUAAAUUGUUGUGACCAGCCUUGGACCCUGGGUAGUAAAUUGAAAUUAUAAUUUAAUUGAUUGAUUGCAACAACAGCAAAUGCUAGUGCAGUGCCAUUGUUGGAUACAACAGUAUGUAAUCACAUACACAGUCUUGCUGUAAUGCAACCUUCACAACCUGUAACCCAUAUAUAAGGGCACACACAACAACAGCUGGUUAAGAUGUGGCAGAAUUAUUUCUGUGCUGCAGAUUGGGUGUCCAGAGUUGCUUGCCUAAAGCCCUCAAUGGCUGAGGCAAGAUUUUCACAGGGGAGUUUGUGAUUCCUUGGCGAUGGUAGUUAAUGAGAUGUCAGGUAGCCUUUUUAGAGAUCACUUGCCACUUUUGUGGAGCUACAGUGCCCAGCGCUAAACAGAUGCCCAUGGAGGUUGCUUGAGGGUGAGGCAAGGACUCCUUGGCAGGGCGUUUGUGUCUCUCUGUGUGUGCACAUGCUACAGAUCCAGGGCUUCUCUGUCCCUUCAGAAGUGGGGAUGCAGCUUCUGCUGGGCUGUUCUCCUUCACUCCCCUCCGCUUCUUCCUUUUCUCCCCCUCAGCUGUGCCAGGCCAAGGGCUUCAUCUGCGAGUUCUGCCAGAACGAGGAGGACAUCCUCUUCCCCUUUGAGCUGAACAAGUGCAGGACGUGCGAAGGUGAGAACGGGAGCCACAUCCCCUGUGGCUGGGUGUUUGAGACGCUGAUUUUGCUAGUUGCUCAUUUCCCUCUCCCCUUGCAGAAUGCAGAGCCUGCUACCACAAGGUGUGUUUCCGCUCAGGACCCUGCCCCAAAUGCGAGCGGCUGCAAGCGCGGAGGGAACUGCUGGCCAAGCAGAGCAUGGAGGCUGACGUCUCGGACUAUGAGGAGGAGCAGGAGGAGGAGGCAGCCGUUGAAGGAGCAGCCACGUGA